GAACGAGACAAGAUCUUACUGCCUCUACUAUGGGGGAAACGAAAACUUUUCACAGUCAGCAUUACCCACUCUCGAAACUUAGUCUUUGCUUUCACAUUUUACGCAUAAUCACAUAAAGGAUUCUCAACGCCCUCUUGCUGGAAAAUUCAAGGGUUAAUGAUGUGCAGGGCGGAGGUGCUCAAACAGGUCCAAUGACGACACGGGAUGAUACAGUUUCCAUUCUCUGUCUUUGCAACAAUUUUGGUUGUUACCUCUGAUACUUCUUACACUCCAGACACUCCAAGGAGGUAUUAAAGAUUAUCAUGAUCCACCAAGGCUCGGUCUCACGGCUUCAGGUAGGCGCGGAAAAAAUACUUUGCAAAAGUUGUUAUGGUAUUACCCGCAGGUAUCUGGAAAAGAAUGGGUUAAAAAAAUGGUUACAAUUAAAUCAGCAGUGGAAUGAAGUACAAUGAGUGUUAGUGGUGCAGUGAAUGUCUAUAUUGCAUAAAUCUAUAAUGUAGAUAAGAAAUGCAAUACACAGUUACACGUGUUUCAGGUGGCAUAUAAUAGCCCUGCAGCAAGUUAGCCAGGUGAGACGUGUUUCAGGCGACAUAUAAUAGCUCUGCAGCAUGUUAGCCAGGUGAGACGUGUUUCAGGUGGCAUAUAAUAGCUCUGCAGCAUGUUAGCCAGGUGAGACGUGUUUCAGGCGACAUAUAAUAGCUCUGCAGCAUGUUAGCCAGGUGAGACGUGUUUCAGGCGGCAUAUAAUAGCUCUGCAGCAUGUUAGCCAGGUGAGACGUGUUUCAGGCGGCAUAUAAUAGCUCUGCAGCAUGUUAGCCAGGUGAGACGUGUUUCAGGCGGCAUAUAAUAGCUCUGCAGCAUGUUAGCCAGGUGAGACGUGUUUCAGGUGGCAUAUAAUAGCUCUGCAGCAUGUUAGCCAGGUGAGACGUGUUUCGGGUGGCAUAUAAUAGCUCUGCAGCAUGUUAGCCAGGUGAGACGUGUUUCGGGUGGCAUAUAAUAGCUCUGCAGCAUGUUAGCCAGGUGAGACGUGUUUCAGGUGGCAUAUAAUAGCUCUGCAGCAUGUUAGCCAGGUGAGACGUGUUUCAGGUGGCAUAUAAUAGCUCUGCAGCAUGUUAGCCAGGUGAGACGUGUUUCAGGUGGCAUAUAAUAGCUUUGUGCAGUGAGCAGAGUCUGUGGGUCUUUACUAGUCUAACAAUGCUCAGUAUAGGUAGAAUGCAACAGGUGUAAAUAUGGUAAUGGUGUAACAAGGAAAGAAUACCUGAGAAAAAGUUUAAAGAGGAAUAAAUACAUAAAGUAAAUUUCUAAUUUUAGAUUCAAAUAAUGGAGCACACUAUUUUCAAAUUUGUCUUUGAUUUUGUAAUUCACUGUGAAUUCCUAGUAACACACACAUUAUUGAAUAAACACAGUUUCCGAGGGAUAAGUACAGUAUGUUGUGUUCACAUUAUCAAGCACGAACAUGAUUAAGUACUCUAAGGUGUGUGCACCAGCUCGGGUUUUAUAAGGCAUUCAACAGGGAGUUUCUCGUGUGCUGGGACACCAAGUAACAAAGAGUGAGAGUGAGUGAGUGAGUGUGAAUGCUGUAACACACAUACAACAGGCUGUUACUGGGUUUCGUUGCCUUGUAUUUGGGUUUAUGACAGUUUUGUAAUGUGUUAUCAGAUGCAUUAAGCGUAUUUGUGGCUGCAGAAAACGUGACUUUUAUUAGGAGGUGUGAAUAAAAACUUGUAGUAAAUCUGUUUAGCUGAGAAAUGUUUUACAGAUUUGUAGUAAGGUCACAUGACGAGACUGUUCUGCAGUUUUACAGUAGAGUAGUUAAAAUGCCGAUUAUUUGCCUGUACUUCACUCAAUGAACAUGGAUGGCUUUUCAUAUAAAUAGUGGAAAUAUCACUACUUGGUUUAUUCACUGACGUGUGAGUUUGCAGGAAUUCUAAGUAAAUUCCAAAUUCUGCUGAACACAAAAUAUACGAAUUAUACAAGAAACACACAAACCCAGAAUGUAAAACCUACAGAUCUCUUGUCUGCAGCCUUUACAAGCCCUCCCCUUCUAACCCUGCCCAGACCUUCUGUGGCUGUCCAAUCACAGACUUCCCACUGCAGCUCAAUGAGAAGUCUUUGCAAGGCAGGUGCUCUGGGCAAUUGCUGCCUCUUGAGUUUAUCUUCAUUGAGCUAAACAAACCAGGAAGUAACACUGGAGUGACCCUUUAAAGGGUUACUCCAACCACCAUGACCACUCCAGUGAUUUCAAGUGGUCAUGGUGGUAGGAGUCUGGAUGUCUAGUGUUUCUGCCUGAAUCGCUGCACAUUCAGAUAUAUUUACAUUUGUGUUCUGGGGGCUAGUUACAACCUUGGCAAAAGUGACUUUGGCAACCCAGAACUUUGUUCUACCUAAUGUCAAUUCAGUGUAUAAUUUGUGUCUGUUGUCAGCACCCACUGCGUUAGAGAUGCAAUGCCUGCAAGGGGACGCUUACUCUCUCCUCUCUCCCACCUCACUCCAUGACUUAUCUCGCUUUUUGUGUUUAUUUUUACUUUAUUUUUUUUAAUUGACGAUCCCGUUUCCUCUCCCCUUCCCUUCGCAGACUCAGAACCUAUGUAUGCGCUCUGAGCUGGCGAAAUGGUCCUAUUACUAACUUCUCUAUGAGAAACCUUUGAUUGGACCAUGCAAGGCCCUUGCUGACAUCAGACAGACCAGGAAGAUUGGCGCCAGAAGCUCCGCCCAGCAAUGUUUUACAGAUAGCGUUUAUUUUACCUUUUAAAGGGGGGUAGCUACUGGCAAUGCCCAACGGAACAUUGUGACAUUAAAAAAAAAAAAAAGGACAUCUGACUAAAGGGUUAGAGUAAGCUAUUGAAGCCUUGAUGCUUGCUAUACCCCUAACCUGGGAUAGUGGUGACAAUCUAACUAACAUACAUUUAGUAUUAAUCACUAAACAGAGGUUCCCAGCUCAGUCCUCAGAGCACAGUGGUCCAGGAUUUAGAAAUUCCUAAUUUUAUGCCAAUAGCAAUAUUGAGCAUUAGUAGUGAACUGAAACCAAUUUGUAAAAUUUGGGCAGAAAUAGAUGAUGUUUUUGAAAACAAUUCUCCCACAGCGUGGCUCUUGUAGUAUAAACCCACUAGAUUUCUAUGGAAAGUGACUAUCUCUUCAUGUGGGGCUCCCAUUGAUGUAAAAUAGAAAGUAAUUAGCAGUAAAUACAGAGAGUAUCCCAUUAAUAAUCCCAGCAAUCACCUCCUAGAACAUGAAAUUAGCCACCUGGAUCGAGAUACAGCAAUAAAAUACAAUUAUCAUUGUGUGGACUCCAUACAGAAAAUGUGAUUAAGUAACAGUUUCUAUUAAAUCCACAGCAUAUCACUGACAGCCACUGCAAUACAUAAACUAACAGGGUUAUUCACUGAAGGGAAGGGACAGUAUUGGCAUCAUGAAGAUGUUAUGAUGCCUUUUACUGCUAGGAGCCCCUUGAAGAAAUCUUACCUUCAGGGAUUAAACCGUUUUUGAACAGUUUUACACUGAAGUAGCCCCCAGCGCUGGUCUCAGCUCCUCCUCUGGCGGCAUCAGGCUUCUGAAAUUUCACUAACAGGACAGGGGCGGAUCCAGAGCUCUGUGUAGCGGUUAUGGAGCCAGGAGUGCCGGGACGCCCUCCUAGCGUAAGUAGUCAAGAACAGUUUGAACACUGACCUGGGGUCUGUUGGGAUAUGGGGCUGUAGUAGGGCAUAGAAGCAAUGGUGUGUUUGAGUGGUGCAAUGUGUGAGGGGUGCAGUGUGUGAAAGUUUCGGUGUGUGUGUGCCAGUGGCGGAUCCAGGGGGGGCAACGGGGCAAUUACCCCCCCCCCCGAGAAAACAGACGGUCUCCCUCUCCCCUGCCAGCACAUGCAGGCGCCAGCCCUGCAGUGUGCCUUCAUGGACCGGAGAGGGAGAUCAGAGAUCUCCCUCCCCAGUCCGCAGGCACUGUGCUGGCAGCCAGCGGGGGGAGGACCCGGGAGCUCGGGCUAGAGUUCACCUCACCACCACUGGGACCACAAGGGAAUCCCCCACGGACCACCAGGGAUCAAGAAAUGUCCCCCCUCCUCCUCAAUUAAGGUAAGAAGGGAGGGGGGACAUAAUAUAUAUUUAUUUUAAAUUAAAUACAUUUUUUUUUUAAAGUAUAUUCUAAAAAAACAGCCUUAUCACACACACACCCACACACACACACACACACACACAUUUCCCCAAACACACAUACACUGCCCCCCACACACAUACUGCCUAGACACACACACACCCCCAUACACUGCCCCCCCACACACACACACUGCCCCCAGACACACAUACAUUGCCCCACAUACAUACACUGCCCCCCACACACACACAUUGCCCUACACAUACACUGUCCCCCCAUACACACAUACACUGCAACUGUCACACACAUACUGACCCACACACUGCCCCCCUAACACACACACACUGCACCCCUGACAUACACUGCCGCCCUCACAAACUGCAACUUUCACACACACACACCACUGCUCCUGUGCCCUAUGACAUCCCCAUUUCCCAGCAGACCUCAGGUAAGUUGUCAAACUGUUCUUAAAAAUGGUUUGACUACUUACUCUGGGAGGGGGUCCUGGCACUAUUGGCACCAUACCAACUACACUGAGCUGUAGUGGUUAUUGUGUCUGGAUUAUUGAGAGAGAGAGAGAGAGAGAGAGAGAGAGAGAGAGAGAGAAUGAAUAUGUAUGUAUGUCCGGGGUGCAGUGUGUGUGUGAGGGCGGCAGUGUAUGUGUGGGGUAAUGUGUGUCUGAAACAAUGCCUGUAUGGUGGGCAGUGUAUGGGUUUGUGAGAAAAUGUGUGUAUGGGAGUGAGUGUGUGUGUUGGGCAAUGUGUGUAUGGGGGUGAGUGUAUGUGUGUGUUGGGCAAUAUGUGUAUGAGGGCAGUGUAUGUGUGUGUGGGGGGCAAUGUGUGUAUGGGGGCAGUGUAAGUGUGUGUGGGGGGCAGUGUAUAUGUGUGUGGGGGCAAUGUGUGUAUGUGUGUGUGGGUAAUGUGUGUAUGGGGGCAGUGCAAGUGUGUAUGGGGGGCGGUGUAUGUGUGUGUGGGGCAAUGAGUGUAUGGGGGUAGUGUAUGUGUAGCAGUGUGGGGCAAUGUGUGUGUAUGGGGAGCAGUGUGUGAAUGUGUGGUGAGGAGGGUAGGGAGGCUUUUAUAUAUAUAUAUUUUAUAAUUUUUUUUAUUUAUUAUUAUUUAAUAAAAAUAAAUACACUUUAUGUCCCUUCUCCCUUCUUACCUUUACUGAGGGUGGAGGGGGGGCAUUUCUCAAUCCCUGGUGGUCGCAGUGGUGAGAGUGAACACUAGCCCGCAGCUCUCUCGCAAGAUCUGGAGCAUUGCCAUGGUAACCGAAGCAAUGCUCCGUGCUCGCGAGAGAAGGACACAGAGGAGAUCCCGGGUCCUCUCUGAUCUCCUCUCUGGUCCAUGAAGGCACGUUGCAGGGUUGGCACUUGGAUAGCCAGUUUAGGGAAUGGCGAGUCACUGGCUGAGAAUGUCAGCUGACCGCUCUCAGCCAAUCAGCAGGGCACUCCGCACUUCCCGUAAGUGAAAUUUCAGAAGCCGAAUGCCAGCAGGGGAGGAGCUGAGACCAGCGCUGGAGGCAACUUCGGUGCUAAACUGUUCAAAACCGGUUAAACCCUUAAGGGAAGAUUUAUUCAGGGGGAAUCCUAGUAUUUUAUUUUUACUUAUUUCUGGCAUUUAUAAAGCACCAACAUAUUCUGCAGCGCUGUACAAUUGGGAAAAAGACAAACACAAUAACAACAGACCGAAACAGGUAGAGGAACCUGCCCGUAAGCUUACAACUUUUAGAUGAAGUUGUGUUGGUGCCUGAAGUGUCCUCUUAAGAAUUUCCCUCGUAAUUCACUUUGAAUUCUCAUUUUAGUUAAUAACCCAGUAAGUGCAAGGUUAGCAGAUUCACCAUAAUUUCCUGGGCAUAUAUUUCUACACCAUGCUGUAGGACAGUAAACGAAAGAGCUGGCUGAGAGUGUUGCAGGAGCACUGCUUGAGAAAUUUAUAGGAAUUGUAUGCCUCCUGGAGUAGCCCCUUUCAUUCUCUGCCCAACCAUAGCUAUAAAUUAUAUCCGGUCCGAGGAACAUAGUGAAUAGGGACUCCUCAUUGUUAAAGGGACACUCCAGGCGAGAUCUGGCACAUGGGGGGUUAUUGAAAAGAACAAUUCUAUGGCAACAUUCCAUUGGUUUCCAUGGUGACUGCUCCACUUGUGGAACAUAUCCACAGAAUGACCCUUUAUACACCCCGAGCAUUCCAAAUAGUGAGAGCAUUGCCGAUAUAUGAAAAUCAAUAAAGUGUUAAAAGAUACUUACUCACACAGAUCAUUUCUACUAACAUCUCUAGACUGUGCAACACUUGCUGUGUGUUUUCACCAAAUCAAAUAGCUGAUGCUCACUAUAGCAGUGCUUUACGGGUAAAGCAAAGGUUUCUGGGAGUUGUAGUUUAGAAGUCAUGAUGUUAAAUGACCACGCUAAGCAGCAGUUUGUUGGUAAAAAGUAAAAACAACAGAAAUCAUGGACAUCUGGCUCAAAACUCUAAUUAGUAUUUUCUUUUUUUAAUAAGAAUGAGUGACAAUGUUGUUCACUGAAGAGGGUUAUCCGCUAAACAGUGAAUUGGAAAUCAGAUUUUGUCUAAAGUAGCCAAGCUGUGACUAGAGUCGAAGUGGAGGAUUUUUCCAAUACGGUUUUAUAUUCACUGGAAAUCGUUGUUUAGUAAAUACACCCUUAAAGUGGGAAAUGUUAAAGCGAGUUUCAAAUUUGAGGCCAAAAUAGUUCAAUUGAAAAAAUGUUUUAACUCAACAAAAGCUAUUUUGUUUUAAAGUUUGAAAUUACCCUGAAUUAAUUUUGACAAUUUCUGCUUUACUGAGUAACUCUGCUAAAAAUGAAUCAGUCAAUAAAUAAACACCCAGCAGAACUCACCGUUUUAUUCUCAAACAGGGUUAUUUAUCAAAGUGAGGAUCACAGAGAAUUCAAAGAGCAUUUCAAAUUUAAGGCCAAAAUAGCCAACCCAGAAAAAAAUCUCAGUCAGCUGUGGUUCUACGGCUAAUUCAUUCAUUAAAGGGACACUGCCCAAAUACAAAAUAAAAACCACUGUUUAGUGAAACAAAACUUGCAUGCAUUAAUGUAUGUAUUUUUUCAUUGAAGUUAUAUCUAAAAACAACUUGUAAAACCUGCAGCCUUUGCACGUCCUCCCCUUCUAAACCCACCCAGACUUUCUGUGUCUGUCCAAUCACAGACUUCCCAAUGCAGCUCAAUGAGAAGUCUUUGCAAGGCAGGUGCUCUGGGCAAUUGCUGCCUCUUGAGUUUAUCUUCAUUGAGCUAAACAAACCAGGAAGUGGCAAGACAUUUCUAACUGAAAGCCAGAGGGGUGUAAUCAGGUUAAUUUAUAGAAGUGUCAAGUUCUGCACUUUUACCAAAAUGAAAAAAAGGACACACUCUUCACACAUGAAGCUUUUUCAGCAAACUGCUUUAGGGGUCUGGAGUGUCCCUUUAAGGAAUACAAAUUGUAAACAUUGUUUCUCAUUGCAGGGUUAAAGGAACAGGGACACUGCACCCAGAUCACUUCAUUGAGAGGUGACUUUAGUGUCCCUUUAAAUGUGAAAUUCACUUUGUAUUCCUGAUAAUCCUCACUUUAGUAGAUACUCCUGAAUUUUAGUGAAUGGAAACGUUUAGGGCAGUUGGAAGUUCUCCAGCUUGUCUAAUUUAACCUUCAGAUUUCAGUUUGAUACAGUUUAGCGCAUAAACCUGUCAUUGUAAAAUAAACUGUGUAACAAUUUGUAUUCUUACUUCCAAGUGCAAAGAGCACACUUACUGCAGGAAAACAUGUCUUGUGGUUUUUUAAAGUGUCCUAAACGGUGAUCUGUAACGUAGUGAGAUGGCUGUGCGCAGGCCCCUAGCUGUGUUAAUACAGUGAGCGUCUCAGAUAAAAUAGCUAGACCCUUCACACAGUAACCCUAAUGAGGGGAAGGGGGAGGAAGAUUCCUCAGUGUCAGUCAGAGGGGGACGAAACAUUCCUAAAUGGGAGGAAAGGAAGACAGAGUGGGGUGUGAAAGAGGAAGACAAGCAUUAGAGAGCAGAGAUGUGUGUGAAUGAAUGGAUACACAGCACAGGGACAGGUGUGAAAGGUUGGGAGACAGGAAGCAAGACUCAGGACUGCUGGUGUCUGCGAUCCAACACUCAGACAGACAAAUGAACUGAGCUGUUUGGGAACCAUGAGUGACAGGAAAAGUAAAACACUAGAUUAAAGGGGAAGGAACCGAGCGAGGAGGUGGGUCACAGGGAAAGGCAGGGACAGGUAGAGGACUGAGGUAAUGGAAGGGUGGGGCAUGGAAGCAGGGACAGGCUAAGCGUGGAAAGAGGAGUCAGUGACAGGCAUUCAGGAGAAGCUUUUUACAAAGAGGCUGUGUGACAAAGUGUCAGGCCUAGGGCAAGACCUUUACAAAGAGCCAAGAGUUAUUGUCAGAGGGACACAAGAGGCAGACAAUCCCAGGGAACAGAGAGCAAAGUGCAACAAGGCCAGCAGCCUCCAUGAUAUAGGAGGACGAGAGUGACAGUCCCUGAGUGAAUAAGGAUUUACACGGGCGGGUAGACGUGUGGGAGAGUGCGACUGCACACUUGUUGCCUGACCAUGCAGGACUCUCACUUCCUUAUGUCGGCCCUACAGCCGAAGACUGACAUAACUUCACUGGCGCUGCCCACGGAUUCGCAAAUGGACCGGAAAAUGCGGGACGAGAGCCUAGAGCUGCGCAAUGCCCGUGUGCAGGAGCAGGUCCGAGCUCGGAUGAUGCAAAGGGGACAGAGCGUAUCACAGACCAACUCCAGUAUCUCCAACUACGGAGGUAAGGCCGUACCAAUGUUUGCUAAAUUAGUAAAUGCUUUGUGUGUGCAAGCCUGCAGCAGCAGUAGCUCAGUCAACUAGUUGGUGAUCUCGCUGAAUCAGGGUUAACCAAACAGGAGACUCCAAGCUCUUCUCGAGCUGUAAUGACAACAGCGGUCUAUCCUAUUCCCAAACCGAGUUAAAUGACCUGGUUAUUACAUCCAAUUCUCUGGGCACUAGGAAACCGAGCGCUUCAGUCAAAUUCAUAUUCCUCUGGCAUUGAAAGGGUUAAGAUGAGGCCCUGCGUGUCAGUGUCAAGAGGGUUAACAACCCGCAGUGAGGUUAUGACCAACGUGCAGUCUAUUUGUACGUGGAUAGAACUGUUCUGUCACAUUGUGAGAGUAUUUGGCUUAUUAAAGUGUGAGUUGUUGGGAAUUCAAAGUGAUUUUCAAUUUGUCCUAAAAAGUGACAUACACUUUGAAUUCCUGAUCAUUCAAACAUUAGCCCUGUAGGGUUUCCAUGAAUACUAUGUAUCAAAGUACAUAGGGCUUUCCAGCUGAUUGUGACAGAUUCACUAUUGGAAUGGCCAUUUUAAAACGUAGCGCAUCAUCCGCACGCCGUCACAAUGUAGAGCUCUUCGUGGCGCUCUAUUUACAAAUGUGAUGUUUUUACAGACCGUUCAUUUAGCCAUCAUCGUUCGUGUUGGAUACAGAGUAGUUACCACUUUAAUCCCUGUCAGAGUGCAGGACGGACCUGGGUAUUGUGGUGUGUAUCCCCCGGUGUGUCCCCGAUGUGUCCUUGUGUACCUGUGGAAAGUUGAGUUGUGUAAAAAUGUGCUUGGGUGGGUUUGUCCAAAUCAAAUGCCUUUGAAUCAAUACUUGAACAAAACAAUCGGUCUGGGAUUUACUGGUGGAGUCUUAUUCAAUGAAUUCUAGCCAUGAAAUCACCUCACACUCAAAAUGCCAUGGAAUACAACUCUCAUCAAUCUCAUCCAGACUUUGCCUAUACCUGAUGGGAGUUAAAUCUAUAAUCACACCAUUAAAAAUGACGCUGUACUGAAUGUAACGCAACAUAAUAAUAUGCACUCUGUUAAAGCAGACAUAUCAGUGAGAUACUGCUGUGUCAACGUUACCUAUUAAUUCAGGAAUGCAUUUAAAAAUGUACACUUCAGGGCUAAGUUAGGUCUGAGGACUAAAGUACCCCAGAAUUAUGUCAAUUGCAAAAGUCCUUAAACAAAUGAUGGGGUUACCUUAAUCUUCAAUUUCAUAGAUUUAUAUUGAGACUCCACUUUCCAUUUCUCUACUCUCUCAACUGUCUCUCUGUAUAAGGGAUAGCCCCUAUUUUGGCCCCAAAUCUUAUUUUCUAGAAGAUCCAUAAUGUUAGUGUGUCUGAGUGUAUAACAGAGCUCCACAGUAAUAAUACUCCCAGUAAUGUGUCUGAGUGUAUAACAGAGCUCCACAGUAACAAUACUCCCAGUAAUGUGUCUGCGUGUAUAACAGCAAUAAUACUCCCAGUAAUGUGUCUGAAUGUAUAACAGAGCUCCACAGCAAUAAUACUCCCAGUAAUGUGUCUGAGUGUAUAACAGAGCUCCACAGCGAUAAUACUCCCAGUAAUGUGUCUGAGUGUAUAACAGAGCACCACAGCAAUAAUACUCCCAGUAAUGGGUCUGAAUGUAUAACAGAGCUCCACAGCAAUAAUACUCCCAGUAAUGUGUCUGAGUGUAUAACAGAGCUCCACAGCAAUAAUACUCCCAGUAAUGUGUCUGAGUGUAUAACAAAGCUCCACAGCAAUAAUACUCCCAGUAAUGUGUCUGAGUGUAUAACAGAGCUCCACAGCAAUAAUACUCCCAGUAAUGUGUCUGAGUGUAUAACAGAGCUGCACAGCGAUAAUACUCCCAGUAAUGUGUCUUUAAACUACAAUAAAUGUGUUUAGAAAUUAGUCUGUGUAAAUAAGACGCAUUGUAUUUAUUCUAAAUUACAUUUUAGUUGGUUAAAUUAUUAGAAAGUCAGAACAGCCACACGCUCACUGACACCCCUAAAAUUAAAGUGUCCCUCUUUGUACACUUAAUAUUUUGGGAUAUUUUGGGAUAUACGGUAUGUGUAUUUUACACCAUAAUGUGCAGUAUAGAAGCUUCCAAGCCUCUCUCCCAAUAAAACCAGCCCAGGAUUAUUGGGUACAUCACAGUAUGUUAGUAUUCUCCUCCUCCCGUAAUGUUGGGUACCAAAAAUAACAAUGGGCAGCGUGUGGGGUUAUUUAUUAAGCCAACAAAUCUGGGAUGUUCUUAGAUUUUCAGUCUGGUUUAUUAAGGUCAGUUUCACAUUAGGCUAAUAUAGGUCAAUUGGAAAGUUAGGAAAGAAUAGGUCAGCAAUGUUUUAAAUUUGGAUAUUUCAGCCUAAAUGUUUAAAUUCGCAUUAAAGCCCACGACUCCUUUGGUAAACAAAGAGGGAAAAAUUCUCAAAUUUUCCCUAAAAUGGGUAAUUUUCUGGACAAUUCCCAGUUUAGUAAAUACUGUUUUUGGUGUCUAGUGACAGGCAGAUGAGGCAGUCUGAUCCUAGAUUGUCUUUAAUGACAGCCGCACGAAAUUAUAAUGGCAAAUCAAACAAAACCACGAGGCUUCCCAGUAAACAGGAUGAGACGAGUUAACCAUUCCGAUCCUUUUAUUUACAUAUAGAUCUUCCACAUGUAAGUUACAAACAUUUCUCAUUCACACACUUUUCUUUAUGCAAGAGAAUAUAUUGGAUCCUCGGCUACGAGGCCUGUGUGUUUCCAUGUAUUUUUAUUUAUUUAUUUUUAAGUAACAAUUUAGAAAGUUGUAUAAAUUUCUAAGAACUGAUUUCAGUAUAGGAGCAUCGUUGGGGUGUGUGUGUUCUGUUUGAGGGAUUAGACCCCACAAUACAAUAAAUAAACCUUUUCCUGAAAACAAAUCGAAUGUCUUCCUUUGGGUGGACAGCGAACGAAGUCUUCCUGCGUGUGUAUGGAGUUCCUGUACUUUAGCAGUUAGCUUGCUUAUUCGUGGUAGUUUUUUUAGGUUUCCCCUAUUGGUUUUUUGAUUCCCCUGUUCCAGUAUAGGAUUUGGUCAAAUUGUAUGGAAGCCCUUUUCAUUGGCUGCCCAUCAACAUUAGCAUAUCGUGUCCAGGAAUCCCCUUUGUGGUGUGCCCAUUGUACAGCUCCGGGACAGAUCCAGCACUCUGUCAGACAUGGUGUUAAAGUUCAUAGUCUAAAGUUCAGAAUCUUCUGCACACAGUCAUCGUAGGCACUUUUAUGACUGGUGUCCCUGGAUAUGACUGUAUAUUACUAACAAUAAAACCUAGCUGUAUUGUACGAGUUGGCGUCAGCUAGUUUUUAUAAAGUAAAUAUCCUGAGAGUUGGACUGAUAAGGGUUAACAAUAAUGUAGUUCUGGCCUGCGGCAGCUGAAUAUUUGAACAUGGCUAUAUUGUGGCGGCCCCGAAGUAGGGAGAGGUUUCCAACGUGUUACUUAACAGGCUCGGUCUUGUUGGCUAUAAAACAGAGAGGUUCAAUCUAUGUGCACAGAGAGGCAGACAUUGUGUAACCAUGAUGUGCUGGAGAUCUCAAUAGCGACGUGUGACUCCGGUAUCCGGUCAGGGAGGAGUAGGUGCCCCACAUAAUAACAAACUUACUCAGUUUGUGUCACCUCUGUGUAAUAAGGAGGCACAUGGGGGUGGAAGGGCGGUGUUCCAUAUUUCGCCUAGGUGUGGAAUUCAGGACGCUAUAUUCACGAAUCCCUUCAUAAGAAUAAGUGGAGGGUAUUUAACUGUUUGUCUACCAAAUGUAACUAGGCAAAAUACCAGAAUGUAUUCACUAGGCAGAGAACUGAGGAAUAUUCACUUAUUAGAGUAUUGAGGAAUUUCAAAUGUUAGAAUGAAUUGGGCAAAAUAGCACAGUUAGAACAUUUGUCCAAUUCAGCUAUUUUGGUUUAACCUUUCUAGUUCCCUUACCCGUUCAGUGAGUAACGCUGAGUGUUGGCCAGAGGCGAUCUGAAAUAACAUAACAUUUUAAAUUCAAUAUUAUUUUGAAUGAACACUAUGGAUAGAAACAAAUAGCAGAAAAGGGAAUGGUAUUAAUUUGUAGUUAUUUGUCUUGAAUCAAAUUAUGAAAUUGAAUGUGCAAAAAAACCAAGUCAUAUUAACUUUAAUGGUGCUUAGCCCUUCACUGAGCCCAUUGUAAGCUGCAGGUGUUCUAAAUGCCUUAUUGCUCUGUAACCUCACUGACCCUGUAACUCCUUAUUACAGUAACCCGGCUCCUGAGUGCCUUAUUGCUCCGUCACUGACCCUGUAACUCCUUAUUACAGUAACCCGGCUCCUGAGUGCCUUAUUGCUCUGUCACUGACCCUGUAACACCUUAUUACAGUAACCCAGCUCCUGAGUGCCUUAUUGCUCUGUAACCUCACUGACCCUGUAACUCCUUAUUACAGUAACCCAGCUCCUGAAUGCCUUAUUGCUCUAUCACUGACCCUGUAACUCCUUAUUACAGUAACCCGGCUCCUGAGUGCCUUAUUGCUCUAUCACUGACCAUGUAACUCCUUAUUACAGUAACCCGGCUCCUGAGUGCCUUAUUGCUCUGUCACUGACCCUGUAACACCUUAUUACAGUAACCCAGCUCCUGAGUGCCUUAUUGCUCUGUAACCUCACUGACCCUGUAACUCCUUAUUACAGUAACCCAGCUCCUGAGUGCCUUAUUGUUCUGUCACUGACCCUGUAACUCCUUAUUACAGUAACCCGGCUCCUGAGUUCCUUAUUGUUCUAUCACUGACCCUGUAACUCCUUAUUACAGUAACCCGGCUCCUGAGUGCCUUAUUGCUCUGUCACUGACCCUGUAACACCUUAUUACAGUAACCCAGCUCCUGAGUGCCUUAUUGCUCUGUCACUGACCCUGUAACUCCUUAUUACAGUAACCCAGCUCCUGAGUGCCUUAUUGCUCUAUCACUGACCCUGUAACUCCUUAUUACAGUAACCCAGCUCCUGAGUGCCUUAUUGCUCUGUAACCUCACUGACCCUGUAACUCCUUAUUACAGUAACCCGGCUCCUGAGUGCCUUAGGAGCUGACCCUGUAACUCCUUAUUACAGUAACCCAGCUCCUGAGUGCCUUAUUGUUCUAUCACUGACCCUGUAACUCAUUAUUACAGUAACCCAGCUCCUGCCUUAUUGAAAACUGAAUUGACAAGGCCGAAAUGUUGCACAUUCAGUUCUCAAUAAAUCUGCCUCUUUGAAGAAACCUUGAGUGUCUGCACCUACUUUCUACUAUUCUCUACUAAAUCAGAACUGUCCCACCGUAAUCAAGAGAGUGGGGAGGCCUGGAACACAUCUGUGUCCUUGCAUUAACAUUCCAGAACAUAAACUUUGAUAAACUCUAACAGGAAGGAGAUCUACCAAUGUACACUGGUUGAUAUGACGUGUUAUUCAGGAACAUUGCGGGGUGAAUCAUACAUCUUUGGGCACAAGCCGUACGUUUUGCAGAGAUGACAAACUGAGUCUGAGCGGCCAAUUCAGCCCCUAGGUCUUGUUGUAGGACAAAAAGCCUCAGGUGGUCUACAUAGCUAUUGUCUGAGUUAGCAAUGAGUAAAAAAAUAAAAUAAAAUAACUUGUCUCGAAAAAUUAAAAAAACAAACACAUAACUUGUAAAUUUGGCAAUGCAAUAAUACUCAACUUUAAAAAAAAGCACAUGGCUUUAAAAUCCUGCCUGUUACUGGUUUAAUGUCUGGGUAAUAAAUGCUGCUUUCAAAAUCGUUUUCUACACAUGUGAUAAUAACGGGAGGAGUACCCAGGAGACUACUUACAAUUCUUACUGCAGCUGAGCCUCCAGGUAUGCACCAGUCAGCUCUCACCUGGAGGCUCACAACCUAUUGCUAGCUGUGGGCCAAGUUAGAAAACACUCGCGUUUUAUAUCCAUCUUGUAAUAGCUGUACGUAUUUGCAUAUAUGUAUGUACCGGUAUGUAUUAUAUAUAUUAUUACACACGUAUAAUAAAGGUGGACUCCCCAUCUGUCCAAGAUCCCCAGAUGUGUUUAAAUAUCUGGAUUUGGGAACACCGUGUUUGUUAAAUACACAGACAGACAUACAAAUUUCUGAAUACCCUAAACACUGGUGGACUUGUAUCAACUUUCUGAAUGGUAAUAGCUUGCUCGCUAAUAAAACUAAGAAUUGUGGGGAAUUAAAAAGGUCAAAAUAUGCGAGCAAUAUAUUUCAAAUUAAUUUAAUUUUUUUCCCUUACAAAACUUGCUAUUUUGUUGUCAAUGCACCACAAAGCCGCAUGGUAUUGGCAUAUGGACAGACUGCCCAGUGUGUAACUGUUGAAGUCUGAAAGCUGGAUUCUAUCUCCAGAGCCACUGAUUGGAAUAACUCUCAGAUUAACUUUAUUGACUAUCAAUCAAAACUGAUCCAAAUGGUUUCUUGCUAUUUGCAAUGGAUCUCAAUACACCAGUGACAUUUGUUUGGAAAUGAUUUGAGCAAAAUUAUUAAUGGUAACUCGGCCCCAUCUGACCUGCUUUUGGCUGGACAGUCCCUAUUGUAGGCUUUUUUUUUAAACUUAACAAAGACACUGUGUCGAAACGUUGCUGAGCCCACUUUCAUGGUGGAAUAAAUCUCUAUUUGCAAACUAUUGGGUGCUUUCUUUAUUGUUAGGCGCUACUUUAGGGUCCUGUCAUCCAGGAACCCCAGGGAACUGUCUUGGGGCAGCUCACAUGAGUGCAUCAUUAGACUCUCUGGCAACGAGCAGCAUGGACCCUGCAGGGACCACUUCAACAGCAAUCUCUUCCUGUUUGGGGGUCGGACAUCAUACUGUCUGUCCGCCUGGCACACUCGAUGCCAGGCUGAUACCUUCUUCAGUGGAUGUACUCGUCCACUUUAUGGAUGAAUCCUGAAGGGUCCCGAAUCUAUACCUCCCUAUAAUGAGGGGUAUGGUAAGUGCACAGCAGCAACAUAUUUCUUGCUUUAAGAAAUAAAUCCGUAUGGGUGCAAUUCCACUGGAAUUUUAUUAAAAGAAUUAAGGAUAGAUCGUAAUGGAUCGGCUGACAUGAGAAUAGACAUUUAUUUAUGAAACGUAAAUAGAGAUUAGGUUGACAACUGACUGCCACCCAAAUGAAAUGCUAAUGGAACGGAAGUUGUCAUAUAUUUACUGCUAACAUAUUGCACAGCACUUGGUCAGUUAUUUGCACUUUAUUUUAUUUUUUGUUUAAUUUUGUAAACAAUGUUGACGGAGCCAAAAGGAGAAAUGAGCCGUGCUUGGAUGGGCCUACAACCUAACCAGAAUUACCAGAAUUAAAUUUUAUGCCAAACGGGUUUCACACCGCAAGCAUUGUGUUUAAGCAGAUUAAUUGGACAACCAAAUUCUCUCCAUUCAGUGCCGCGUGUUGGGUGGGGUGUGUUACACAUUCUGAGAUCACCGUUACUAGUCAUAGAUUCACACCUAGGUUGAUGAUAUGAGAAGGGGGGUGUGACGUUCUGCUGCUAGAAAUACUAUGCUUCAAACAAUACUAUGCUUUAUUUGAACUACAACACCUCUACUAAUUAUGAUGAUUAUUAUACAUUUAAUUGCUGCUCCAGUGAAGACAACACCAGCAAUGAUUCCCUCCCCCAUGCGGAUUAAACGUUAUGACUCUUUGGGGUUUGUUUACUAAACAGUGAAUUAUGAUGACUUAAAAAACACGUUUCUAAAUGUAGGCUAUAAUAACCAAGUUAGAAAAUAAAACCAACUGCAUUAAUUUUAGCGUAGCUUUUCAGUUAGUUUUUCAAUUCACUAUUAAGCAAAUAACCCCCUUUACCCUUGUUUGUAUCAUCUAGAACAGUUACCAGCUGACCGUAUCAGGGUUCCCUAUUCUACAAAGUUCUUUCCAUAUUUUAGAACAAACUUGCAGCCCCCCAGCUGUUAAUUCAAACAUUAAUUAUCUUCAGGCAGCAUUUUUACUUCUUCUCUACAUUCUUUCUAAAAGUCUACAAACAAAUAAUGAGCAAAUCCAUUUUUGUCCAUGCUGGUAACCGUUAAUAGGAAGGCUAUUCCCAAAUUAUCUCCCCCCCUCUGUUCUCUAUCCUCCUGCCCACUGGCAGCUCAGUUUCCCUCUGAAAUCCUGAUGCAGGAUCACAGGAAUGUUGAUAUCAUCGAGGUCAUCACGCAUUUUAUAAUUCAUCUCAAACAGAGUAACCCUGUUAGAAUAUUUGAGGAAUAUAUAUGUAUAUUGUAUGACCACAACAUAGCCAAAGGGGGACUGUAGCAUAGCUCCCUGUACCCCAGUUGGGUACCUCCGCCAAGUACCGCUUCCUAGCUGGAACAGGGGAAAACCUCAGCGCUUCUGCCCCAGUCGCUGUGGCUUGACUGGGGUCUUCUGGAGCCUCUCCAUCCUGGAAUAGGAUAGGGGACUAGCUUUAUUCCCUCCCAGGGACUGGAUGACACACAGUCCUGGGAGCUGUAGUCCAUACAAGGACUUUCCCCACUGAAUCCUCCACGAGCUGGAACAAGGUGCUGAUCAGUGAUUAUAGCCCUUUCCUCUCCCAGUAACUAGACAACACAUUUUAAUGAUUUUAGUGAUUUUUAAUGAGCCAAAACCAGCCUUUUAUGCACGGAACCCAGCAGGGGAGGAGCUUGUGUUCAACACAAGCCCCUCCUAGGAAUCUCUAGGCCUGGGUGAUAAUUGAGUUAAAGACGGGUAAGCAAAUUAUCUCCCAGGAACAGAGAGCCCAACACAAAAUAUAAAAACAUAAAAGUUCCUCAAAACAUAAUAAAAUCAUAAAAUAACCCCACAUAUUACACAUCCCCAAAUAUCCCUGAUCUGAGCGCCCAAGUUCUCCAAAUAGCGCUCAAAUUUAGGGGAAACGCCACCGGGCUAAAAUUCUGACUGGCCGCACACGUGGUCCUAUGACCAGAAUAGUUCCAGGGCGUUUGGUGCUUUUGCCGGUUAACUUUCAGGAGCUCCUGCGUCCGAAAUAUGGGGUGUUAGGCCCGGCUCCCAGGGAACGUUUGUUCCCUUUAGUCUCGGGUACCUUCCCUCCAAAAAGCUGUCCUGACGGAGUGUUUCAAAACCGCGAACCAAGUUAUCUGGGAUCUGCACGGUCACCUCCUGCCGAAAACUGUUCCAUAAUAUUUGUGGCUAAGUACCGCUGAGGUGACUGGGAACCCAUGAAGUCCUCCUGCUGAAAUUGGUUCCAUAUCGGUCGCGGCUUAGUAUCGCUGAGGAUCAUUCGUGGGUUUGGUUCAUGCGAAUAGCUACCAGGGAGCUAGCGUUUGGUUUUGUUCGAAUUAAGGGAACUUGCCGAACCAGCAGCACAGAGGGAAAGCUGCUAAUGGUAGCUGGGCAGAGUAAUUCCCGAACGGGGUCUCCGAACUGCAUCAUAUUCGGUGGGCAGGAGGCCAGAUUCCACAGUCCUCCAGGAGUCCGUGGAAAACGUUUGUGGGAAGGAGCGUUUGUCACAGGGACAAAUUAUUUAAUUCUUGGAGAAACUGUUGAAUGGGCAAAGCAUUUUAAAGAUUAUCUGACUUGACUAUUAGUCAUUAAUGUAACUAAUUCAAAUCAGAGUAUUUUAUUUGCAAUCAUUAAUUGCCCAUUAAAUAUAGUGCAGAGGAGCUCUGCGAUACUCGCACAGAUAUGGUACAUUACUGGGGAGGGUGUAUUGUGGUGGAGCUCUGUGAUACUCUCACAGAUAUAUCCCAUCACUUGCUGUGGAGGGUUUAUUGCAAUGGAGCUCUGUCAUACACAGAAGAGAUGGGCUGUCACUCGUUAAGUGACACUUUGAAGGUAAUUUUUUCCUUCCUAGAAUAUAGUGUGUCAUCACGUAAAGAAAAAAAGCAGAAAUUGGCCGAGUUCCCUUUCCUGCCCUGGCUGUGUCUGGACAUAAAUAAAAACCUCUCCCAGCUGCGUGUUCGCUAUAAGCCUCCAAUCCCCAGGUGUACAGAGAGCGGGAUUGGCAGGGAUUUCUCAGCCAAUCUUGUCAUUGCUGUAUUUAGUUAGAAGUGCUGUAUAUGGGCUUCAAAUAGACUCACUUAGCUCUUGUAAGUAUUUAAACAUUAAAAUAAAAUAUUCGUCAUGCAGGCUCGGUGUGUUUGGAGUUUCAUUUUAGUUUUUCUUUUUCUUUUUUCCUGUUAUUAUUAUUUAUUGUUAUUUUAUUAUUUAUAUAGCGCCAUCAGAUUCCAUAGCGCUGUACAAUGGGUUGAAUGAUAAUGCUCACAGCCUAUGUUUGCCAGCAGUUGAUUUAGGAAUAUCUGCUUCUGAUCUGUAAAGUUCUGAGUGUUCGUUUUUAUUAAUUGGCCCAAACCAGGUAGAUUCCCAGAUAUUGUAGAACUACAACUCCCAUGAUGCUUUACAAGCCUUUAGAAUGGGAAAGUAUCAUGGAAUCUGUAGUUUUAAAUACGUUUUUGGUUCCCCUGCAAUAAUGUAAUCCUGAUUCACAACGUUGCUUAGAGGGACACUCCUACCUUUCUAUGAAUGCACCUAUUCAGGUUUGGAGCGAUAUUAUAUCAGAGAUUAAAGGCCAGGUAUUGUGGCUAUUCUGCAAAUGAUUAAAUUAUGGCAGAUAUUAAAUUAAAUAAGAUAAAGAGCUCUGUACCAUACAUUGUGGAUAGCCAUGUUCUUAGAAUGCUGCCCAUAUAAUUUUGUAUUUUUUUUUUUACCUUUUUAUAAUUGAUAUAAUUUCCUUCUAUCCCUCGUUUCCUCUCCCCUCCACCCCCCAAACCCCCCUCCCCCCCCCCUCUUUACAAAUCACUGGGUUCUUAUCGCUGAGCUCAGUGUUUAAGUUUGAUCUCUGCGGAAACUCCCACAUGAAUAGAAUCACACAGCUGUGUGUGGGUGUGUUUGGGUGUGUAUCACUAUGUCUCUAUGAUAUGUGAGUAAAAACCAUGCAAUGAAUAUGUGCAUUUCUAACAUUCGUAACAGGUAGCUUUAUACACAGUGCCAGCAAUUUGAUCAAUUCUCAGCUCUGCAUUGGAUGUUCCAUUGUUUCCUCCAAUAAUCAUCAAUAGACGCAUGAGCCAGUUGAUGAAUUAGGAAAAGGUGUAGAACUGUUUUGAUUGACAGAUAGUGAACAGAUCCGUUGAUAUAUUUUUGUAAAUCUCUAGAAUGCUGCAUACAUAUCAUUUAGUGUGUCUGUAUGUCUGUCUGUCUCCCAACAAGGCGAGAGGCGUCUGUUCUGGGAUUUAAAAAGAAAAACACAAUAGGCUUUUAUGGUCUUUGUCUUUUCAGUCAUUAACCAUGAAACUACAACGAGAGGUCACCAUAUGGAGCCACACUGGUAGUUUGUCGCAGGAGCCUACAUUUUUGUUUUCCUUCUUUUUUUUCAGAUUUAAAGUAAUCGCCGCUAUCUUGUCUCUCUUCCCAUUAUCUCUCUUAGAGCACAAGCUCUCUAGUUCUGUACUAUGCAUGUCGGACAUUAGGCUCACACAAAUAAAGUGCUGGAACUGGAGUUAGAAGCAAAUCUACAACAUUCCAAAACUCCGCAAACUCCAGCCCUCCAGAUGUUGCUGAAUGAUUCUCAGCCUAUUUCUUUCAUAGAAUCAUGGGAGUUGUAGUUCAGCAACAUCCGGAGGGCCGGAGUUUGGGGAAGCCUGCUCUAAUCUGUGUGUCUGGCCAAUGCGUUCAAAGACUUGAAGCAACUGGCAAUGAAAACGACAAUAUCUUGCUAUCCUGCUUAAUAACUGAAGGAACCUCUCAAAAGACCCUUUUAUACUCCGGCCGGUGUUUGAACAUUGAAUCUGAUUCACAAACCGUUACUUGGAAACUGCAUGUGCAACAACAAAGACAACGAUGCAGCCACUCGGCCACAAUCCCAACGUCGUUCUAUCUGGGCUAAAUUUUCCAACUUCUUAUUUAUUAAACGUGCCACAAGUCACUAUUUAGUGAAUAGAUCUGAAAACGAAGCAAAACGUAUUCAAGUAACUAUAAACUAUUCUAUAUUUCUGAGUGUUCACAGACGGUAGGUAAUUAUGAAAAACCGUUUUAAUGCAGCUGCCCUUCACCCCGUAGACCCUUAUUUUUAAUGAAUUUUUUCACAUUUUGAGAGACUCUAUACCAAUUUUUACCCAUUCUAGCCAUUGUGUGUAUCCUAAAUAUACAGCACCACUGAUGUAUCAGCUUUUUUUCCUUUACUUCCAAUCACAUUUUUUAUUAAACAAGAUUAGUAUUCCAGUAAAUAACAUUUCAUCAAAAUAACAUGUUCCAAUAUUUUAAAGGCUGCAAUAAGUCGAGCAGUAUGUAUCGGCUUUUAACCCAUUGGCUGUAAAUACGAUAUCCAGCGCUAUGGUCGAUGUAUCCUUUUUUUAUCCUGUAAAAUAGGUUAAACUAGUGUUUCUAGUGUUUGGUGUAAAAAAAAAAAAUUGGAAACUCUCCAAAAGUUGUAUAGAGGUCAAACAUCGCCUCCCCACCCCCCAAAACUCCAUGGAGUGUAUCCACGUGGAGACCCAGGAAUGUAAUCAUUCUGUCCUCCCCGGGAAUGCCGUUAGAUCACCCAGUGUUAUGAGCACACAAUAGGAAAAGUGUUUGACCAGUCAGACAGGUUCAAAUAAUUACACAAUCACAACUAUGCCGAUGCUUUUAAAAAUAAAACAAAAAGCCGCACCUGUUUGUAAUUAGUGGUCAAUCCGUGAAUUGUGAUUGGUUAAAGAAAAUGACCUAUAUUUGUAAAAACAAUAGUUUUAUGAUCACUGAACACUACAAAUUAUAUGUAAUAUGGUACCACUGGGCAUUAUUUUGUAACAAAUGCAUUUAUAUAAUCUCUUAAUAAUGAAUUAGCCAUCCUUUCAACCAAAGUGUACUUAAAGGGACACUAUAGCUCUAGGAAUACAAACGUGUAUGGCCAACGCCAUGGAUUUACUCUCCAUUUCUCCGCUGCUCUGCUCCUAUCAACUAAUAGAAAAAGCCGAGUUUUACUAUAUCAUGUAAACUCUGCAAUACAUUCACUGUCAUUCUGGCAGAUCCCCAAUGUUUCGCGUGGUAGGGUUACACAGACAGGGACAUGGCACCCAGGACACUUGAUUGAGCUGAACUCUGGGUGCCUCUAGUAUCCCUUUAACCCCUUAAGGACACAUGACAUGUGUGACAUGUCAUGAUUCCCUUUUAUUCCAGAAGUUUGGUCCUUAAGGGGUUAAGAUGGGUGCUCUCAUAGAGCAAAGGUAAUCUAGGAGAUACAAUGGAACUGGCUUUAAAGAAACACUCCCUCACGAUAACUUCUCAAUGAAGUGGUUUAAGUGGCAGGAAUGUAUGGCCAGUUUUAGAAGGUGUCUCCCACGCUCCUGUCCCCACUGCCGCCUCCCUAUGUUCUUCUUUGGAUGCUGUGUGCGGUACAUGAAGGCCGAUGUUAGCUGAGACUUUCUAUCCCUUUCCCCAAGUUUGUAUUUACCAGGGAAGAUUCCUUGUGGAUGCAUCUAAUGUGAUAAGUACAAUAACAUAUUGAAAUCCCUGUGAAUACUCCUUGGCUGAUGUGUGCUGGCACAAAUAGCUACAUUUUACAUACAGGCUGUUACACGUGGAUAUUUUUACACACAUUGUUUUAUGGAUACAUCUGUAUGUGUAAAGAUUUUAAUUCAAACUGUGGGACGAAGGCACCAGAAUGCAGACGGUCUAUUUAUUGAUUUACCAUUGACUUUUAUUAUUGCAUUUAAGGUUUUGUUACAUAGCACUGCUUGCUCCUGGUUAACCAGGGCUGUUGGCUGUGGUGUCCUUUUUAUUGAUGACGUCCUCUGCCUAUUACUGUAAGUCCAUUGCAAUUAAGCGCAUGUACUAUAAUGUGCAAUGGGUGAUCAGCGAUAGACUGAGAGCGAGAGCUGACAUUCUCCGCCAACACCGGCCUCCAUGAAACUUCAUGUAGAGCACAGUGGCAGAGGGACGGGACUCCGUUGUUGCCAUUCUGUGGAGAACGUUAAGGUUAAACCAUUCAAAAACGUUUAAAAUCUUGAAAGUAAAAUUCCAUCCGCUGACUCAAACGCCCAGGAGUUUUCUUUAAUUGUCUCCUAAUUAAUAUUUAUGUAUUAGAAAAUAAUUGAUACAGGCUAUAAUACAUUUAGUUUUUUUACUUGAAAUAAUAAAUGAAGUCUAAAAAGUCCGUCCCAAUAAGUCACAAUGCAGUUAUGUUCUCUGUCUUAAAACUACUGACCAUUAUUAGCAGAAUGAUGUAAAAAUUCUUUUAACCCCUUAAGGACCAAACUUCUGGAAUAAAAGGGAAUCAUGUCAUGUGUCCUUAAGGGGUUAAAGCACAUUUGAAAAUCUAAUUUCAUGAAUACUGGGCCUGGAUGAAAAAAUGCCACCGUAAUUGUUUUAUUCUGUUAUUCUUGUAUGGUCACUUUGUAACGCAUUAUGUUGGGUAGUUUAAAGUCCGGCAGGUCACAGAGCUGGCAGUUUGGGGGUCUCUUGCUGAUUCCCCAGUACCAGCUCUGAAUAACUUGCUCUGGGAAUGUGAAAGCGUUUUAUUAUUCCAUAACAGUCCCAGCAAUAAAGUGACCGAUCCCAUCAAGGCUCAGUGACUGUUGCCUGGUGCAGGAAUGGCUCCUGAAAGGCCAGCCUUGUGAUUUGUCGUGUCUGUUUAUUGCAGUGAUGGUUCUAUACAGGGACGCUCCCUCCUUAUUGUAAAGCUAUUUCCCAGUAAAUUAUGUCACAAUUGUCAAACUCCGUGUACAGAUUUGCAAGGCUGGCUCUUUGUUCCCCUGUGGACCAGAUAUCAUUUUGUUCACUUGUGUGAUCAACGUUUGGGGUGGUUUAAGUGUAUUAUUGAGGAUAAGGUGCUAUUUUGGGUGCAAACUGCCAACUGUUGAGGCAUUCUUUUGGUUUCCAUGGUGAUAUCUCCUUGUUUGCUCCAGUUUAGAACCAAUGUUGUUUUAAGAAUUCUUCCUCACGGUUUCUACUUUAAAUCCUGCUUUUGGGUUCCUCACAGAAUGGAAGUUAAAGCUUAGUUUUGGAUGUUAUCAGAGCAAGCUUGGCCGUGUCUACUGUAAUUAUACAUGAAUUAAAAUGGCUGUUUGGGUAGGAGUGCUGUAGUGGAGGCCCUGCCUGACAUGCUGUCAGUUCAGGUUGACAGAACAUACAUUUCUUGAUUCAAAUGCCUGUGGGUACAGUAUGGUAUAUGGCAACGUCUCGUGGUAUGUUAGGGUGUGUGCUUGUAUUUCUUUAUAUUGGAUACUCCGACAUGUUCCACUCCAGUGCAGAAUGAUUUUUACCCCUAAGCCGCCAAGAAUUAAUGAUUUACUUUUAAAACUUGAAUUUGGAAAUAGUCUGCCGGAAACCAAACAUGACUGUGCAGCCAAAAGACAUGGCUUUAAAAAUACUAUGUUUAUAAAGAUAAGAAUUAUAGGAGGUAAAAUCCACAGCACAGUUAGAACAGGAUCCCCUCUAAUAGUACAUUUCGCUAACCCUAAGGCAAUUCUACCUGUAACUCGCCAACCCGGAUUCUUUUACUAUUGAACAUUGAACCUUUUUUUAUUAUUCUGACCGAUUUAAUAACAUUGCAGUAUAGUUACUGCAUCGUGUAUUGGAUCACCUGGCACCCCGACUGGGUACCUCCGUUACUGGAUGCUCCUAGCGCUUACAGAGGGCUCCAAGCGCUCCGCCAGACACCACAACCACCGUAGACCCCACGAACCGCUGCAGCUUGGUUGGGGUCUCGCCGUUUCCUACCCACCCUGGACCUACAACAAGGCUCCAGAUUCCAGUGGGUGAACCUCUCCUCCAAGAGAGUGAAGCAGGAACAAGCUCUUAAAAGAGCUUAGUAGUGAUUAGCUAAGGGAGUAUGCAUAGCAAUCCCUUGUGAUAUAGCAAUUCCCCCAAUAAGAGACAGGACUCUAGAUUGAGGGUGAAGAAGAACUGUAUUACUUGGCACCAAAGGGCCUUCUUUAAUGCAGGUUUAACACAUACAGGACCACCCACAGGGUUUUACAAAACAAUCAGUAAACACGUAGUAUACAGUACAAACACUCCCAUAAAUCUCCUCCCCUUAGCCUGAGUGGUAACACAAUUAGCCGUACAGUUUAAAACAUACUUUUUACCCAACUUUCAUAACUCUAAUAAUAUGUGACUUAUUAAUAUUGAAUGUAUAGUUUUAAUCAGCAUAUUUCAAAUACAAACAUACCCAAAAAUCAUUCGAAUCCGUUCAGCCGUUCGGGAGAUAGAUACAAGUCACUUUUGACCGACCGCAAGCACAUUUUCCUGCCCUAAACAGUUCCAUAGAUUUGGGCUGAUUUAAAGUUGCAACACUGCUCCAAAGUAAUUAAAGGGCCAGAAACCGCAUUAUAAAAACCCAUUAUGCCCCAACUCAGUUCCUUAAAGGGCAAUACAUCAUAGUCACAUGGCAGGAGGCUGGCAAAUAGGCCUCUCCAAAAACCAGUGGCGAGGUCACUUUCGCCACACAUCGUUCUAUUUAUUGGCAAUAUUUACAUCAUCACUUUUUAUAGAGAACUUAUAUUGGGGAAAAAUGACUUUCCUUAAAUAGCUUCCAGAUACAUUGAAUAUAACACCAUAUAUAAUACAGAUACAUUGAAUGGAACACCAUAUAUAACACAGAUACAUUGAAUGGAACGCCAUAUAUAACACAGAUACAUUGAAUGGAACACCAUAUAUAAUACAGAUACAUUGAACACCAUAUAUAAUACAGAUACAUUGAACGGAACGCCAUAUAUAUAUAAUACAGAUACAUUGAACGGAACGCCAUAUAUAUAAUACAGAUACAUUGAACGCCAUAUAUAAUACAGAUACAUUGAACGGAACGCCAUAUAUAUAAUACAGAUACAUUGAACGGAACGCCAUAUAUAUAAUACAGAUACAUUGAAUGGAACGCCAUUUUAAAUAGUUUUUUUUCCUAAUCUAUAAAUUGCUUUCACAAUUGAUAUAAUCACAUGUCCAAUCUAAUACAUUGUUUGGGGCAUGACAGGUGCUUUUAAACCCUCAAAGAGGGAAGCAAUUGUCCAACUACUGAACCAAAAAAAACCCUAUAAUUUGUGAUUGUUCCACCAUAAUUUUAAGGUUUUCUAUUUAACUAGACCCAUACCAUACAUAAUAUAUAUUGGUUUUUUUUAAAGGACAGAAAUGGCUUUCUUUUAAUAUCCUAUACGCAUAUCUUAACAGCCAGGCCUUCAAAGUUAUUCACCACCGCCAACCUAAGAGUCCAUGGUGCAGUCAGGAUUGAAUUUCUACUCACCAGGGCUACAUUUUUACUUGCCAAUGGCUAGCUGUAAAUGGAUAUUUUGAGCCCUGCAGCUCGCAGUUUGUCCCUGCCAGUCACACAGGGCUGCACAGCGCAUGCAAGGAGAGGGGGGCCACCACAAAUAAAAUGGUCCUCGAAGUGGGAGUUCUUUCUUUCCUGUCUGAAUGGUGGAUUUGUGUUUGCAAAAGCAUUCGCUCGUCUUAUUUGUGGUUUCUCCAAUAUUAAUAAGUCCACAUUAACAUUUUACCAUAUAAAUAUCACAGAGGUAGCCUCUUAAUUGCAUUGUCCACCGUGUCACCCUCCAAAUUUGUUCUCUUGGAUUGUGCUUGUGGAAUUUGCGGGUGCUCCUUAUUCAGUGGAGCACUAGGAAGCGAAACGCGGAUGCUGAGGCUGCUGGGCCAUUCAAAACCAUUUUCUGAGUGCACCCUCGAUUGUGAUGUUUUGUGUCUGACUUUUAGUCAACCUGUGCAGAUUGUUCCAUGCUGGAAGGUGGGCAGGUGUGGUGGUAUUGGGCUAAUGAGCAGGCGCCUGUCCUAUUGGUGAAUAUCUAUUCCAUGCUGGUCACUCAGUAUAAAUCUAUAAUGCCCACCUUAAUAUACAGCAGUUUUACCGGAUGGAUUUUGGACUGGUUGCUAUGCAUAUUGUCAGAGAAGGAUUACCAUAAAAUGAUCUUCAGUGGAUGCCUAGGGUCCAGGGGUUAGGGCUCCCAGAACCAUGAAUUUGCAUGGGCCCUAUUCACCAUGCCUAUGUGAAGAAUGAGGGGGUAUGGAGUGGGCAAAAUGUUUACCUACCAGGUCCCUAUGGGAUCUUUAUCCUCCUCUGCAUAUUGGUCCCUGCCAACAAUUACUAAAUCUUGUGUUAAACCAAUGUGUUAAACCAAUCCACGGAGAUCUUCUUUACCACCGGUGAUCAUGCGACUUUAAUAGCACGGUUAGAUGGGAGCUCUAAAGUAUCAGCAUUUGAUCAGGAACUGUACACUCUAUGUACUCCUAUUGCUCCAAUUGAUUUUUGAAUGGGAGACUUUCAUGACUUUUUCCUGUAAAGUUUGAGGAACUGGCUUUCAUUCAUGCUGUAGCUUUAAAAAGUGUCUGUCGUGAAAAUGCACAGAAAGCCCAAAGAGGCCGGAUUAUGCUUUAAAUAUGUCGAGAAAGCAGCUUGUUUUCUCACUGAAACAAAUCAGAAAAAUAGUAAAAAUCCGCAGCUUCUCUGGGCCUCUGUACACAACAAAUGUAAAACAGUUUGCUAACCAGAUUCUUUACAAAUAUGAGUGACGUUAUUUCACUGACCUUUUUCUGAUGCCCACAAGCUAACAGCGUAGCAGUAAAGACUGUAAAUGUGUGAAACCGGUUUCAAAGUUACAGUUCAGCAUGUCCUAUUCUGAACACCUAUAUGUUGUCCCUUUUAAAUGUUUUUUAUUUUUUUUAAUUUUAUUUACAUUUAUUAAAAUAAAGAGUAUAUGUGCUUACAGCCUUAUCUUGCAAUGGGGAGGUGUAGAUUUUAUUACUGCAUGUUAAACAUUAUUGAGUGUUGCUGAAGCCAAGUGGAAUUGGUUCUGAGCUCUUUAGAAAGGGAAAGCGUACUUCUUGUGAACACGGGAAACUCUGUGAUUUGAAGCUCAGACCUAUUAACCCUGAAAGGGACUCUCCAGGGUGAACGUCUCGUAUAGUUAUUUAAUUCCUUUGAUGCCUUAUCAUACUUGUAUAGCUGCCCAGGUCUUGUCUUCUUUUAAUGCAGGCAGCUUGACUUCCAGCCGGUCAGCUCACCCAAUUGUGUUUUUUGGCAGAGCUGUGUCAGUACAUUAAGACAUUUUUUUUAAUAGUUAGGCAUUGUAAAGGAAGCCCGAAUUGGGAGAAGAAUUCAGCAAAGAAUUUAUUUUAUUUCUGAAUUGCAUAAACUUUAAAACACAGCACAUUAAUAAAAAUCAAAUGCAUCAAUGUUGUGUUAGCGCCCUUCAUAGGGUCACUCUGAUCACCGAGGCAGCUGUGGUGUACAGAUCAUGCAGCCUCACUGCUCACUUCUCUGCUGUUUAGGAGUUAAGGGCAAGGUCUCCACUAGGGGUUGAAACUUUACCGGGUUAUUUACUAAUGUGAGAAAUCAAAGUAAAGUCAAAAUCGGCAAACUGGAAAUGACUUUUUAAAUUUAUUUUUUUUAGAGAGAAACUUGACCAUUCAGCUAUUUUAGCCACAAAUCUGAAAUUGCCUUUGAAUUCAUACUUCCAUGAAUAACUCAUUUGUUAAAUUUGUUACGUUAAUCACCAUGACCACUUCUGCUUUUCCAAUUGGUCGUGGUGGUAAGAGUGCAGCGUUUCGGCUUGAAACAAUCCAUAUUCAGAGACUUUUGCAUUUGUGUGACACCUGUGACUCAGAAACUGCCUAAUCUCAAUUCUGUGCAAAAAUGACAUCUGUUGUGAGCACGUCUCCCCUCCCACCCUAGUCCCUGCCUCCCUAUACCCUUAACGUUACUGUUUAUUUUUUAUUAUGUGCCAAACAUACCCUCCUUCCCUCCCUCUAACUGCCUGAAAUGGGCCAAUCAAGUAAUUCUCCAUGAGAGUGUUUUAAUGGGCCAUGAGACGGUGUUGGUAACCAGGUGCUGCGUUCCAGGUAAGUUUUGGCUUAUUUUGAAGGGUAUUUAACCCCUUAAGGACCAAACUUCUGGAAUAAAAGGGAAUCAUGACAGGUCACACAUGUCAUGUGUCCUUAAGGGGUUAAAGAAAAGCCAGGGCUGGAAAUAUAAAAUAAGGUCCAAUGGAGCCCUCUAAAUUAAAAACAUGAAGGGGGGAAAGGUUUACAGUAACCAUUUAAAUCUGCAAAAUCACCCCAAUCGUCCAUAGUAUAUAUCGCUUAUAAUAGAAAGUAAGUGAAGGAAACCUGCAGGAUUUAAAGUGUAAGCCGUAUUCUUCACCGUCUUGCAAUGGGCUCCCAGCCAGGCACAGGUGUGUCCCUCCAUUCAAUACGUCUCCAUUCAUCCAUAUGGAAGUACUCCAUUCAUUUAAGUGUGCUUCUCGUUAUGUAGUAACACAAAAAGAAAAAGUGAAGCCUGCUUCAUAAACUUGUUAAACAGGACUUUACAUCCAUCCUAAUCUUUGAGAAGAAGGUAAAGAUCCUUCAUGCUUCAUGAGGUGGUGAGUGUUCUCCCCUUCCUCAUUCUAUUAAAAGGACCUUUUUAUCUGCGUUUCCCAAACGGUGUGUGACCAAGGUGUGGCUCUGUGUUCCUGUUUGUUGUAUCUUCCACUGGUGGCUGCGUUCUCUUAGCAGGAGGUAUAUAUCCCAAUUUGUACCGGUUUAGGAGAUAUUUCCUUCUCACACACCUCUUACUGUUUUUCUAGGAGCUGGGACCGUUUGUAUGGAAGUGUAUCACAUUAUCACAAAAAUGUACACACUGACCACAAAAUGCAAAUUUAGAAACAUUCUGGAAUAAGGAAAAAAAAAACAGUUGGUGUUGUGUAUAUAAAAAGUGUCUUUUUUUUUAAAUUCUUUUUUUCUGGCACUUUUCCUGAAUACAACUAUAUAUUCCCUUAUUUUCACCAAAAUAUUGCUUACUGUACCUCUUCAUUUUAUUUUUCUGGUUUCCUCCCUUCCCUCCGUGGGGUAAAAUUAAUAUUUUGGCACUUGGAUAAAAGCACCAAUGUAUGAAGAAUGGAUUAACAUGCACAAUGAAGCUUCUCGAUUAUCAUGGGUCUCGAUUUAAUAAGCUUUUCACUGUUAGAAAUUGUUUUCAAAUUUAUUUAGUUAUAAAACUUUAAAGACAUUUCAUUGAAGUGGUCUGGGUGCAAUGCUUUCCUGUGGGGAAGGCCUGAUUCACGCACCGUAAAUGAGCAUUUGUGUCCCCCCCAUCAAACGACUAUAGAGGAGGCCGACUGCAGACCAGUGAAGAGGGAUCUCUGUGCUGAGAUUGAGCAAGUAAAUGAUCUACAAUGCUGGGGGAUGAGGGGGAGCCCUGUGGAGGCUGAGGAAUAGGUGUGUAGGUAACUUUUAACUGUAUGUAUUGGGACUGAUGUAUGUUGUGAUCAUUGCUGCCGUCCAAAAGUGGUGGGAGUUUGAGCAAAGGACCUAUUUUUGUAUGUUUGUAUUUACCUUUUGUAUCACACUGCUAUGUUACAAUGCUGCCACCUAACCCAUGUGUUCCCUAUUAAGGGUUAAUAAGCAUGUAGGGGUUUAUAAAAAAUACUCCUCUCUGUCUCAUUAGAGAUAUUUUUGCCAGAAGCUCAAGGAAGCAAGGUGAAUGGUUAGUGUAGGACCCACCUGAGAGGUUUGCCUUGAUGUGGCAGGUGGGCUUCCAUCUAAUGGCCAUUGGAGUGAAACUAAAUGCCCUCCGUUUAUUUAAAUAUGCAUAGCAAUCUGGGAAAGAGCGCAGGUAACCUUUUGCCCUAUUUUUUUUAUAGUAAUGUAAACACUGCCUUUUCUGGUGACUAUAGUGUCCCUUUAACAUGAAAUUUGACCUAUACAGGGAUUCUGCAGACACUCUGCAUCACAGCUCAUAAAUGCCAUCUAAGCUUGACUUAAAAAAUUGCUAAUUUUAAAUAAUGAGGAACAAAAUCUAAUUUUCAAUGCAUCGCCAGCACCAGGUCCUGUAUACAGGAUUUAAAUGCCGCACACCAUCUAAUAGAUUUAAAUCCGCUUUAUUUAAAAACAAAAUUCCAUUUGGGGAUUGGACUUAAUGUGCAAAGAAGGGAGACGCUAGCGUGUUUCAUGUUGUGCAAGGCACUUCCUCAGACACCUCACUUUAUACGGCUGCGAUAAAACCUUCUGUACACUUUAUAUACUGGGUGUAAGCUCUGAUUAGAAGAACGGUUGAUGUGUAUAGUCCUCUUGCAUGGAGGGAUGCAGUUUUAGAGUAUUUUGAAAAUAAAAUGUAUGCAGAACACCUACAAAUAUAUAAUGGAUCCUGAUAUCCGUUAUGCCAAUUAAUCCAGCGUGUAAUCAGGAAGAUUUUAUUAAAGUAUUCAAAUAGUCUUUGCAUUAUGAGUUACAUGGGGUCUCCUGGAACACAUGCCAUUUUUCCAUGGGGAAGCAUUGGAUUGACUGCAAUCAUUAAGGGACGGGGCAACAGCACGAAGACCAUUGCGGCAAGAGCUAAAAGGUCAAUAAAACCUUAUAUGUAUUUAUUUAGUUAUUGUUAGAUCACACAGGGGGUGGGCACCCUAAUAGUAAGCUAUGCAAAAUUGCAAGCUCACUAAAGGGCCUCCCUCUGUAAUCUGUAUGUGUCCCUAAAUAUCACCUUCCUUGGUUUUUACCAAUUCUAGAUAAAGUGCAAAAGAGAAACUCCUAACAAACAAUUCCACUUCAGAAGGACACACGGUGUAAAUAUUCACCAGUUUCCUGCCCAUCGGAUACACUGGGUAAAUAUUCACCACUUUCCUGCCCAUCGGAUACACUGGGUAAAUAUUCACCACUUUCCUGCCCAUUGGAUACACUGGGUAAAUAUUCACCAGUUUCCUGCCCAUCGGAUACACUGGGUAAAUAUUCACCAGUUUCCUGCCCAUUGGAUACACAGGGUAAAUAUUCACCAGUUUCCUGCCCAUUGGAUACACUGGGUAAAUAUUCACCAGUUUCCUGCCCACUGGAUACACAGGGUAAAUAUUCACCAGUUUCCUUCCCACUGGAUACACAGGGUAAAUAUUCACCAGUUUCCUGCCCAUUGGAUACACAGGGUAAAUAUUCACCGGUUUCCUGCCCACUGGAUACACUGGGUAAAUAUUCACCACUUUCCUGCCCACUGGAUACACUGGGUAAAUAUUCACCAGUUUCCUGCCCAUUGGAUACACUGGGUAAAUAUUCACCAGUUUCCUGCCCAUUGGAUACACAGGGUAAAUAUUCACCGGUUUCCUGCCCACUGGAUACACUGGGUAAAUAUUCACCAGUUUCCUGCCCAUUGGAUACACAGGGUAAAUAUUCACCAGUUUCCUGCCCACUGGAUACACUGGGUAAAUAUUCACCAGUUUCCUGCCCAUUGGAUACACUGGGUAAAUAUUCACCAGUUUCCUGCCCAUUGGAUACACUGGGUAAAUAUUCACCAGUUUCCUGCCCAUCGGAUACACUGGGUAAAUAUUCACCAGUUUCCUGCCCAUCGGAUACACAGGGUAAAUAUUCACCAGUUCCCUGCCCACUGGAUACACAGGGUAAAUAUUCACCAGUUUCCUGCCCAUUGGAUACACAGGGUAAAUAUUCACCAGUUUCCUGCCCAUUGGAUACACUGGGUAAAUAUUCACCAGUUUCCUGCCCAUUGGAUACACAGGGUAAAUAUUCACCAGUUUCCUGCCCAUUGGAUACACUGGGUAAAUAUUCACCAGUUUCCUGCCCAUUGGAUACACAGGGUAAAUAUUCACCAGUUUCCUGCCCAUUGGAUACACUGGGUAAAUAUUCACCAGUUUCCUGCCCAUUGGAUACACUGGGUAAAUAUUCACCAGUUUCCUGCCCAUCGGAUACACUGGGUAAAUAUUCACCAGUUUCCUGCCCAUCGGAUACACUGGGUAAAUAUUCACCAGUUUCCUGCCCAUCGGAUACACAGGGUAAAUAUUCACCAGUUUCCUGCCCAUCGGAUACACUGGGUAAAUAUUCACCAGUUUCCUGCCCAUCGGAUACACUGGGUAAAUAUUCACCAGUUUCCUGCCCAUUGGAUACACUGGGUAAAUAUUCACCAGUUUCCUGCCCAUUGGAUACAUUUUCUGGUCCAGAGUUGUGCUGUCCAGCAUGAGAGCAGUUAGCCCGAUCACUCAUGUUUUGUUUAAUUUCUUUAAUAAAAAAAAGUCCAUACUUCAUGAGAAUUCUAUAGGUUUUUUUAUAUCGCUUUUCAAUGUAUCAUUCUUAAUUCAUUUGAAUGUUUACAAAGGUGUUCUAGAACAUGUAGUGGUGUCUUCAAGGAACACUUCAAACACCAUAACCACAACUGCAUUUUUAGAGCAGUUUGGCUUCCCUCCUGGGAUCUGCCAGAAGCAGCCAUCACCCUCCACUUCAGUCUUCAGAGAGCCAAAAAUCUCCUGCUUCUGUUAGCCAAUGACUAGCCCAGCACUGCACAGCUUAGCUCAGUAGAGCUGAGUGCGUCAGGUAGUCACUUCGCUGAGAGCUUACGGCUCUCUGAAGGCAGUAAUAGUGCUCGGACUGCAUUCUAAAAUGGUUUGACUACUUUCAUUGUGUGACUGCCAAUGCACGUUUGGCACCGUAACUACUACAACAUACAGUGUUGGUUAUGAUGCCUGGAGUUUUCGUAUCUGUAUCUGACAUUUGGCAAUUUAAAGUCAAGCUGUGCUACUACAGCCCUAGAUAUUUCUAAAAGCAAAGUUCACAAACAAUCUUUUAUUUCCUGAUCACUCCUUAAUUUCACAUCGUAAAUGUGUAACAGCCUCCCACUUACCACUGUACAGCCUAUGACAAUUUCUCUCCCCAAUUAUACCGACUCAUAACCUAUUUUGGAUAAAUGAUUAACAUGAAACAGAAAAUAUCGUAAACUCUGCUCCUCUAAUGUACACUGCAGUCCACUCGUUCUUCUUCUUGUUUAUUGAUAUUAUUGAUAUUUAUAUAGUGCCAGCUAAUUCCGCCCAGCUGGUAUAUCCUCUUCCUGGCUGGUAUUGCUGUUUUUCUGCAAUGUUGCAAUGUUUUGUGUCCGGUAUCGGCACACACCGCGUGCUCCCCAGACACAGUGGACAGAAUGCACAGUUUCUCCCCAUUACUGUCACAUAGACAGCAGUAGCUCGGGGGAAACAUGGAUAUAGAUUUAUAUAGCUAUGCAGGACAUUGUCUGCCACUGCGAGACUGUAACUCCUAUCAUGCUUUGUGACAUUUUGGUUGAGGUUUGUAGGAGUUAUAAUAAACAUCCAAUGUAAUAGCACUGUGAGGCAAGCACUUGUCAAACCGCUUCUAUGGUAUAACUAAAGAAAGACUCAUCCAGUGUUUGGUUCAGCCCUAAAAGAGUUUUAAUUCACAAUAGUCACCAUUUCAAUGGACACAUAAAAUUAAUAUUUAACUAAUACAGCCCUAAAGUAUGAUUUUAUUUAUAUUUUAAUCCAUAAAUCUCAGUCACCCAUUUUUAUGAGACACUUUGAAAUGAAGAGCAGUCGGAAGUGUUUAUUUAUGAGAACAGUUUGAUUGCAAUAAAAGGGGGUGUUCUGCAUCUAACGAAAGGGGAGAUUUAAAGGAAAAUAAAGUUAUUUUCCUAGCACUAUAGUUCCCUAUAAUGCCCUCCCUUCCCAUGGUGCAAUUACCGGGUUCAGGGACCAGGGGCACUGCACCCAAACCAAUUCAAUGAGCUCAAGUGGUCUGGGGGGCCUAUAGUGUCCCUUUAAGUGUUUGGGAAAAUAUUCAUGCAAAUUUUAAUGAACACAUGUUUUCAGUGAAUUUAUGCAAUGCAAUAAAAAAUGCAUUUUAAACAGAAUUUUUAAUAAGGAUGAAAAUGUGUGGAAAGUAAGGAAGGGGCAGAGCUUGAAUACUGAAGUAGAACUGGUAGAAGCUAAAAGACAAAUCUAAAAGGAGAUUUAAAGGAACACUCCAGACUGGAGGCCAACUAGAGCCAACUAUUUCAUGUUUUCCAGCCUCAGAAUUAAAGCAGCUGUACCUUCUUUUUGAGGAUAAACCAUUGUCCUGCCAUAGCUGAGAAGUAGUAGUUAAGCACUUGGCUGUGGUUCCAUUCAUCACAUAGGAUUAAAGGAACACUAUAGUCCCCUAAAUUACUUUAGCUAAAUAAAGCAGUUUUAGUGUAUAGAUCAUUCCCAUGCAAUUUCACUGCUCAAUUCACUGUCGUUUAGGAGUUAAAUCACUUUGUUUCUGUUUAUGCAGGCCUAGUCACACCUCCCCUGGCUAUGAUUGACAGAGCCUGCAUGAAAAAAAACUGGUUUCACUUUCAAUCUGAUGUAAUUUACCUUAAAUAAUUGUAUCUCAAUCUCUAAACUGAACUUUAAUCACAUACAGGAGGCUCUUGCAGGGUCUAGCAAGCUAUUAACAUAGCAGGGGAUAAGAAAAUCUUAAUUAAACAGAACUUGCAAUAAAGAAAGCCUAAAUAGGGCUCUCUUUACAGGAAGUGUUUAUGGAAGGCUGUGCAAGUCACACGCAGGGAGGUGUGACUAGGGUUCAUACACAAAGGGAUUUAACUCCUAAAUGGCAGAGGAUUGAGCAGUGAGGCUGCAAGGGCAUGUUCUAUACACCAAAACUGCUUCAUUAAGCUAAAGUUGUUCAGGUGACUAUAGUGUCCCUUUAAUAAUACUGCUGUAGUGAGAAGAAUGGCAUCGAAGAGGUCACUGAGAUGCACAAAGGGUGAAUGACAAUGGAUUUUGCAUUUGUUGUUUUGUUUUUUUUCUGUUGAAUAUUUGACCCUUUGACUCAAACAUUUAACAUUUUUGUCCUAUACCUUCAUCAUUGCUAGCACACACGUUUUGUUCACUGAGCAUUGCUGGUCAGACUUAUUGUUCAAUGGAUGCAAUUAAUCAUUGGUAUAAUUUGCUAAGAUAUUUAGUACAUAUUGCUAUUCGCAAAGGGUCAGAUGACACUCUCAACCAGUCACCAGAAGGAAUCCAAAAAUGGUUUAACACCUAGGGACUCGAGCCCCCAUUAUAAAUUCAUUACAGGAGCAGAGCAGGGCCUGGAGAAUUCCCUUACAAUAGGGCACAAUGUAUCGGGAUAGGUCUGUGUUGGCACAAUACUGUAACAGUGAGAGUGAUACCUCAGGUGUAAACAUUGUAUCGGUCUAUAUUAGCCCAGCACUCAGGGCCGGAUUAAGAGCACAGUGGGCCUGGUGCUGACAAUUAUGAUGGGCCUAAUUACAGAAUCUUAUCGACCAAAAACACUAAGACAAUCAUACCUCCCAAGCGUCAUGUAUCUGAUGGAGAUGGUGCUGGAGGGAAACUCAUAGGAUGCACUCGCUGGUCCAAUUGUCUCCUUACCUUCUUACUAGCAGGCAGAAGUUCCUGGUAUAUAGUCUGAGACAGAGAAAAGGUGUCUGUAGUGAGUGUAGAAGAAAGGGGACAUGCCACAGUGUUAGAGAGACCAACGUCUGCAUUACCUAAACUAGCCAGUGCACACAAGUUUUGUUCCCAUACAUCCCUCUUAAGCUUCCAAACUUAAAGGAACACUAUAGUCACCAGAACAACUACAGCUUAUUGUAUUUGUUCUGGUAAGUAGAAUCAUUCCAUUCAGGCUUUUUGCAGUAAACACUGUCUUUUCAGAGAAAAUAACUCCACUGGCCGCUCCUUAGAUGGCUGCUAGAGGUGCUUCCUGGGGCAGUACUGCCUAGUGUGCAGCACUGCCAUUCAGUGUCUCCACCCUCUGCAUGCAGACACUGAACUUUCCUCAUAGAGAUGCAUUGAUUCCAUUUAUCUUUAUGAGGAGAUGCUGAUUGGCCAGGGCUAUGUUGGACUUGUGCUGGCUCUGCCCCUGAUCUGCCUAGUUGACAGUCUCAGCCAGUCCUAUGGGGAAGUAUUUAUUUGCUCAGACCACCACUUCUGAGCCAGCAGCUGCAGAAUUGAAUACAAGUAAUAUUUUACUAUAUUUAGGGAGGCAAGAAGGGUCCAGGGUGGUGGUUUUAACAUAAUAAGGUCAGAAAUACAUGAUUGUGUUCCUGACCCUAUAGUGCUCCUUUAAGCAAGAGUAUGUGAAGAGUAGUUAAUGUUUCCACCUUUCUUGGAAAAAAAUACCAGCUUUAAUCAUUUGUAUAAUUAAUUAGUUAUGCGUGACAUCACAUGAUGUAAAUCACAAGGAGUGACAUCAGAGAAAAUUCAGUAAAAUCACCAACAAACUACUCACAGUUUGAUUCUGCUGUAUAGAUGGAUUGCUCCCAGUAUCUCAGUCUCACAAGUCACCCAGUGUCUCAGUGUCCCUAUGUAUCACAGUGUCAGUGUCCCCAUGUCACCCAGUCCCCUAGUCUCCCAGUGUCUGUGUCCCCAUUUCUCCCAGCGUCCCAAUGUCUCAGUGUGUCCCCAUGUCACUAGGAUACUGGGGACACUGAGAGACCCGGGGACACUGAGACACUAGGGACACAGACACUGGGAGACUAGGGGACACUGGGAGACUAGGGGACACUGGGAGACUAGGGGACACUGGCUUGGAGACAGACACUUGGGGAGACAUGGGGACAGUUGUGGACAUAGACAUGGGGACACUGGGACACAUGGGGAUACUAGGUACACUGAGAGACAUGGGAAACAGACACUGGGAGACUUGGGGACACUGAGACACUAGGGACACUGGCUGGGGGACAUAGUGUCUCCGUGUCCCAAUGUCCCUAUGUCUCACAGCAUCCCCAUGUGUCCCCUAGUGUAUGUGUCAUCAUGUGUUCCCUAGUGUCUCAGUGUCCCCAUGUGUCCCCUAGUGUCUGUGUCCCCAUGUGUGCCUGCUGCCUUCCCCCCCAUCCCUCACUUACCUGAGCUGUAGAGCUGCUGUCUGGACUCUCUGUGCUGUGUAGCUGCUCCCCCACGGAUCAGUGAGUAGUAGAGAGAGUAUUCUCUAACUUCCUAUCCCUGCCUCUCUCCACACACAGUGACCCCUACUGGCCGGUGCUGGUACUGCAGAGUAAUUUCCAAUUAUUCUGAGAAAAUUACCUGCAUUUGUAUUGCCGGUAUUACUGCAAUACCGGCACGGCCAGGCAGCCUCAAAUACCGUCUGUGCCAUUAAAAUAUCAGUCAGGUGGCAAACCUAAGAGUAGUGUGUAAAAAAAAUAAAAUAUUUUUUUUUGUUUUUUUUUAAAUGGGCCUAUUCCAUGGGCCUGGGCCUGGAGCUGCAGCUCCAUCAGCCCCUAUGUUAAUCCGGCCCUGCCAGCACUGAUAAUGUUUACUGGUUAGAAUGUUAGUGAUACCAUCAGGUGUAAACGUUGUAUCGGUCUAUACUAGCCCAGCACUGAUAAUGUUUACUGGUUAGAAUGUUAGUGAUCCAUCAGGUGUAAACAUUGUAUCGGUCUAUACUAGCCCAGCACUGAUAAUGUUUACUGGUUAGAAUGUUAGUGAUACCAUUAGGUGUAAACAUUGUAUCGGUCUAUACUAGCCCAGCACUGAUAAUGUUUACUGGUUAGAAUGUUAGUGAUCCAUCAGGUGUAAACAUUGUAUUGUUCUAUAAUGGCCCAGCACUAAUAAUGUUUACUGGUAAGAAUGUUAGUGAUACCAUUAGGUGUAAACAUUGUAUCGGUCUAUACUAGCCCAGCACUGAUAAUGUUUACUGGUUAUGGACUGCAAUCUCAAUGUUAACCUAAAUGGGGACACUUUGGAGGUGUUUGCAGCCUCAAUCUGUCAAACCCAUAUGCCGCAAGUGUAGGACCAUCCACACUGAGAUCUUUGUGGAAUGUGUGCCUCAACGAUCGCACAUGCCAAUAGCCAAUCAAUUGCCAGCCCUCCUUCGCUUUUUAUUUGUUUUUUAGCUGGCGUGUGCUUUGAGACUUCCUUUUUUUUUUUUUCUUUGAUGUCUAGUGAGAGGCUGGUCAAAUUCUAAUCCAUUCCUCCAGAGAUUAAUAUUCAGAAAUUUCAAGGUCAUACUAUGUUUUGCAAUGGAAGUUCAGUUUGUGUAUUCCUGUCCCAAAACAAAAGGAACAAUCGACCAGCAAUGCAUAAAUAAUAUUUCUUGAUACAUUUUGUUGCCAAGUUAAAGUUUAUGUUAAAGGUUUACAUUUCGGAGUAUCGAAUUCUAUAUUUUUAAGAAAAGGCCUUCUCCUAAACCUGCAGUUAUCUGGUCUUUCAAAUAAGGAUCGUAAUAAUCACCUCAUGACGAAGUACAAGAGUGUAAAUACACGUAAAGGACACGUGUCUCUUUUCAGCCUAUGUAACUAUGUAGUGAUCAAUAUCAUUUAUUUAUAAAGCACUGACAGAUGGAGACGCUACUUCAUAUAGUGUAAAUGGUAACUCUCUGUCAGAUGGGCAGCGCACAAUUACUGUGCUAUAGCUGCCGGCAAUUCAAACCGUUUCCCCUUUGUCUCUCUUUCUGUGUGAUACCAGUCUCCUCUCUCUUUCAAAAAACAAGUAUCCUUAAUCUUAAGUGCCCUAUCGCCCUCCUAAUAGCACUAUCAUCAUCUUUUGUAAACAAUGAGUCUCAGUAGUGAUUGGAGGUGCGCGUUUAAUGGCGUUUUCCCUGAUUGUAAACUCUGAAAACACAGUAUUUUAUUGACAUUGCUGGAAAAUCUCUCUGAACUCUGUGCAAAGAUUCUCGCAGCUGCCAGAGGCCGCAAGAAGGAACUGCAAAUUCAACUGAAAUGACAACUUGCUUUUUUUAUUUUAUAAUUGAAUGGGUUACAUUGGAUUUUAACAGCUGUGACAUCGGAAUGCCUUUUGGAAGUUGUACGGUGUUUAGUGAAUUUAGCUCUUCUCCCCAGAUUCUAUCUCCUCUCAGGGGCUAAACAAGGGACUCUGUCAUGUAGGCAGACCAGAGUGAAUCCCAUUUCGCCUAAUGAUGGAUUGUUUGAGUGGACGGGUCAGGAACGUCCUCUAAAUGCACAAGGUCCACAUGUAAUUAAUAUCUAAUUUCUUGCCUAAAUCUUUCCUUGAAAUGACAUAAUUCUGCAAGUAUGAAGGUGAUAUUACUCAUCAUAUGAAUAUUAGGAAAUUUGUAGUACAAGACUAAUUAAUAUCUCAUUCAUUACUUUUAUCUAGUCAUUGUGAUAACAUUAUAGUACUGGACAUAGAAUGAUAUUCACACGUUCCACUCGUCACUGAAUGUAUGUGAAUUUGUAGAUGCAUGACUGCAACUGCUGACACUCCACCCAGGGCGGAGAGAAUGCGGACAGGUAGACUCAUUCCUGUUUUAAUGAGAUGGUGUGCCUUACAAAACAGCAAUCAAGUAAAGAUGUGCCAAUAACCCAUUUAAUGUGCAUAGUCACAUUCAUCCUGGAUGGCUGUGAAUCUAACCAUUGAUUUACAUGGUCCGUUCUGUGUGUAUUUUCAAUGAUACUGCUUUGCUAAGUCUUAAUAUGCAAAGUACUCCGGCUCCCCAAUGAUCCCCCUGAAAGGGAUGUAAUUGGAGGGGUUGCACGGAUAGACCCGAUACUGAAAAAUCAGAACCAGUACCUGAAAACAUGAAGCUAGAUGCCCCCACUCCUCAACAAUUCUGCAAGAUGCAUGUAAUGUAUACAAGCAUAAUGACUUUCCCUUUAACAAUUGUUCAGCAAUAUAAUGAGUACAGAGGAAAGUGGUCUAUUUACUCCCGAGCAGCCUUCUCCUACACGUCUAUAUAUAGGUAUAUGAUGUGCAGUCAUGGUCUGCGUUGUCUUUCAUUAUGGCAAUUUGUCUAAAAAUAAAUACGUAGUACUAGGGGUGGUUCUCGGGAUAAAUUGUAUAUGUAAUGCGUGUGCUUAUAGGAAAAUGGGGGGGUAUUUACUAUUCCACCUGGUAGUAACCUGGUCUGAGUUAUUUCCAAGAAUACAGUAAGGGUUAAAGAAAUACAAACCUGUAUUACUAUGUAGUACUGUUGGAGUGCCCCCUACAUUUAAUACAUAGAAUGGGGAUACCCGUUUUCUAAUGCCCUCUCUCAGUCCUGGCAGCUCCCCCCUCCCGCGUUAUCUGGCCUGCUGAUCUUUUUGUGUUUCUUGUCCAAUCAAACGAUUCUCACAGGGAAGAUGUUUGAUGAAAAGCGCUGCAGAAUUAGCUGGCGCUAUAUAAAUACCAAUAAUAAUAAUAAUGUCCUCGUGGACGUCUGACGUCACAUGACCAAGUCAGAUAGAGGAGUCAAGACAAUUCAUGCUUCAAACGUGCUCUAAGAGAAAGAGGCAGGUUCUCUUUAAGUUGCAAUGUCUCUGCACAACUCACAGUAGGGAUGAGAAUCUCUAUUGCCAAUUCUAAGUUUAAAGACCUGAUCUAAUCCACAAUCCAAAUAAUCUCAGUAGCUGGGAACCAGAAAGUCAACAAUGAAAUAAUGCAGGUUCCCGAGCAGUCUGUGUUUUAUAUACCAGUAUGUCAAACUGAAAGGGUUCUAAACAAAUGCGUCAAAUGUCAGGAAUUCAAAGUGAAUAAAAAUUAUCUGAAAAUCGCUUAACUGAAAAAUUCUCCAACUCAUUUCCGCUAUUUCGACCAAAAUUGUGGAAAUGUACUUUUUCCUUCACUUUAUAAGUAAAAUAAUCCAGAUACAUUGUAACUGGACAUACAGAGCAAAUUAGAGUCCGAAGUAUUUCUUUGCUGUAAAACCCAUUUCUUUAAUUUACUAAAUUCUACAUGUUCUAUCUAUAUAUGUUCUCGUUUGAUACGUCAAUAUGCCGAAAGCAUAGAACGGCUUUACCCAAACUGUCUCCUUUUUCUUACCCUCCUCUCUCUCAGGUACAGAAAGUUACUCCUCCCGAAGCCAGUACACCACCUUACCCUCGUCUUAUAGUUCUCGCUCUCAGGUGUUUGGCUCUGAACAAAGAAUAUCUGUAAGUAUCUGGGGAAAGAAAGACGUUCUUCAUUGUCCUGUAACUUCUUAUACUGGCUCUGUCCUUUACCAAAGGAAAAAUAACUUCCUUUAACCGCUAGUUGGUUCUAAAAUGUUUCUAGGGACACUUCCUAUUAUCAGUGACAAAAAAACAAUAGAAAGAUACCCCCCAAGCUUCACCAGAGAGUCCAUCUCGGGCAGGAGAAUGUCUCCACCAUUUAGAUUAAUUUAGCGUGCAGCACAAUGUUUAUUGAUCAGAUUGGAUGAGUGGUUCUGCUGAAUAAGAUAAUGGCGGCCGUACCAGACCUGCUUAUCACCCCACUAAUCACCCCAUUCACUGCUUUGCAAUGGAGCUGAUCCCAAGUCAUCAACUGCCCAUUCAAGUAGAUACCGGCUUCCUCUGAGAGCCAGACAGGGAAUCCCUGUGCACAUGCAGACUAUGUAGGUUUAUUAAUAACCGGACGGCCAAGAAGGUUGCAUGGAUUCUUUCUUUGAUGCCAGUGGAUUGUUUUCUUUUUCUUUGAAAUCACGGUAGUCCCAAGGAACUACAUGUAUGGAGAAAGAGGGUCUCCAUGUAUAUAAUAAACACAGGUUGUUAGAAUGCAUGAAGUUUAGAAACACAGAAGGCCAGUUGAUAGUUUCACAGGAAAGAUUAUUUGAAAAUUACUUUCAUGUUGACUUGUUUAUUUUUGUUGUUGUUGUUCUUCAAUUAUAUUUAUCGUUCUCUCUCUCCCAGUCUGCUCGACCAUCCGCCUAUUCCACCAUUGGAGCAGUUAGGUCAGGAGGUUACUCUUCUCGUUCUGCUGUGGAUAUUGGAGGUACACAAAGAAUCAGCGUGGCACCUCAGCAACGUGGUUAUUCCACCAGCCGCCCAACCUCUUACCAUGAAAGUGUAUACCCAAGCCGGAGAGAAUGUGAUACAAUGUCACUGAGGUCCCUCCGCAUUGGCAAUGGAGAUGAUCGUUAUGGCCAAGCGGCACCAUUUAAUGCAGCUUCCUAUGGGCGCCAGAUGUCCACUACCAGUGCUGGGCCAACACUUCAAAGAUCUUAUUCAGGCAACAUUGCCCAAGAUGGAGGUGGUACAACUUGGGUUGAGAGGGCAGAGGUGGCACAAACUCGGACAAUCCGAGCACCUGCCAUGCGUACUCUACAGCGUUUCCAAAGUACUAACCGGGCUCGCAUGGCAUCUGCUUCCUAUGGCACUCUAAAUGCAGUGUCUCCACAGCAGAUGCAACAGCAGUCCUCUGUCGGGGUAGGUUCUAAUUAUGUGUCUACCAUGCUUGAGCAGAGCUCACGUGCACCAUCUGUGAGAAGCCUGGCAGAAUCUGUACAUCAAAUGCAAGAUAUUCGAGGCGUGGAUGUUUUUGAUGGUAACAAGAGUCUAAUGAGCCAGCACUCCUUUACAAGUGGGUAAGUAAACGUUUGCUGCUUUAAGGGUGUUCCGGUCAAAUACCCGCUUUUAUAAAAGAAAAGGAGCAAAGGUGGUGGUAGUGAGCUAAGAAAAGGCACAGAAGUAGGCAUCUCAAAUGACCAUGAUUACAGUAGACAAAAUAUAUAAACUUCCAUUAAAAGUUAUUAGGACUAGGUGUGAAAUUACCUAUAGAACAUGUCAGCACUAUUCAGUAAAUAUGAUGAUAAAUGUUGUCCGUGAUAUAAAUUAAUUUCUCUAUAUGAUACACUUCCAGGUUUGAUGAUAUGGACAUGCCUUCUGCAGUAAAAUAUUUAAUGGCUAACGACCCCAAUCUGCAGGUACUGGGCGCAGCUUACAUACAGCACCGUUGCUACAAUGAUGCAGAAGCCAAAACACAGGUGAAUACGAACUCUUAAAUUGCCUCAAUUUAAUGGACAUUACGGUCUCUCCAGUGAAUGUUAUAAUGGUUUUUAAUCUUUACUUCCCAGGCAAGAAGCUUGCAGGCUAUUUCCAAACUGGUAAAACUUUUUAACAAACGCAAUCCGGAUGUGCAACGUCAUGCCACAGGCGCCAUGCGCAAUCUUAUUUAUGACAGUGCAGAGAACAAAAUGGCGCUAGUGGAGGAAAAUGGCGUAUAUGAGUUACUGCAGGCUCUAAAAGAGCAUGAUGAUGAUGAACUAAGGAAGAACGUAACAGGUGUGAUGUUAAUUGUGUUAUUAAACCGGUUUCAUUUCCUGUGACUUAAUUCUAUCGAUUAUUUUUGUUGUCCCUGCUUACAUUAUUUUCUCUUACUCAGGCAUUUUAUGGAACUUGUCUUCAAGUGACAAUCUAAAAACAAGGUUGGCAAGAGACACUCUUGGCCCACUCACAGAUCGUGUCUUGACACCACUGUCUGGCUCAGCGGGCUCAGCACUUAUUCAGCAGAAUGCAUCGGAGGCUGAAAUAUUUCACAAUUCUACUGGAUUCCUCAGGUACCAAGAUAUUGAUGGAAAAAAUCCAGAACUUGGUGGGAAAAUAUGGACAAUGACAGAUUGUCGUGAGAGGAUUUAGCUUUUCAGACAAAACACAAAUGAUAUAGGUUUUGUGUUUUAUUUUAUUUUUUUAUAUUCUACCAGGAACCUGAGCUCAGCCAGUGAGGAGACCCGUCAAAAAAUGCGAGAGUGUCCUGGUCUUCUGGAUGCCCUGGUUGGCUACACCAACAAUGCCUUGCAAGCUGGCAAAAAUAGGGACAAGGUGAGCACUACAUGUGCAUGUAUUGAGGGCAAAAGGAAAUCAUUAGCAUAAAAGUAGAGGCAAGUGCUGUAAGUCGGCUCAGCGCAAUGCUUUUUUGUGGUUAGAUGGAAAUAAAAAUGGCAGCUGUAAUAACUAACCUAUUGUCUCUUUUCUUGUAGAGCGUGGAGAACGCGGUGUGUGUAUUGAGGAACCUCUCUUACCGUAUUUAUGAUGAAAUGCCUCCCUCCUGCCUGCAGAGGAUAGAAGGAAUCCAACGAGGACGCACCAAUGCUGGAGAUACAAUUGGCUGCUUCACCCCACAGAGCCGGAAACUCAAAGAGGUAAAAAGUAAACCCGUCCCACCGCUGGCAAUGACCAUGUCUUCAGCAAAAUGCAAACCACAUCUGCAGGAAAACAAUGAGUGCUCUCCCUUACAGUUUAAGAAGAAACAAGAGACUUUUAUUCUGUUUAAUAAUCACUAUCUGCUGUCACUCUUGGAGCUGAUCUGGAAAAUAUACGGAAGAAUAACACUGAAUUGGUUACUGGGGAAAAAAUGUCCUGUUUUUAUUUAUUUCGCCAUUACUUCACACAUUUUUGGCAAUGGACUCUAACAUUAUUGUUCAAGAGGCUUAUUUGUUUUUUAACGAUUACCACAAUUUCGAUUUUACUCCCAGAUUACAGAAUGCUAGUUUGCUAGUUAAAGCUAUAUUUAGUUUUGUUAUAUAAUAAGUAAGAAAGCAACUUUUUUUUUUUUAACCUCCUGACAGCAGCAGCAAGGCACUGACCUUGCCACCUUUGCAGAGAUUUCUCGGGACCCUAAAGGCAUGGAGUUGCUGUGGCACCCAAAAAUUAUUGGUCUAUAUAACCGGGUUCUGCAGCAGUGUGAGCUGAACAGGCACACCACCGAAGCAGCGGCGGGCGCUCUGCAGAACAUCACUGCCGGAGAUCGAAGGGUAAGAAAUAAAACACACACCUCCCAGGAACACCGAACUCCAUGUUCUCAUUUUGGUGACUCCAUGGUAACAAACCCAAAAAUGUGAAGCGUUACUUGGAUUAUUGGGAUUGCAGUAAGAGUUAGUUAGAAUACCUGGUGUUUCAGAACUGAAGUAGGAAUAGCUGGUGCAUCAGCAAUUGUAUUAAUGCAGUGCUCACUGGCACUCACAAUUUCUUUUUAAUUUUUGUUUAAUUUCCACUAAAUGUAAAAUCUGAGAGUAUGGGAGGAUUCUUUCCAAUAAUAAAAUAGAACCGUGCCUACAAGCGCUUCACAUAUAAAAUAUCAAUACGUUUGCAUUGCACGCAUGUCUCGUUUGAUGGCAUUAUCAUAGUGAAUGUAUCACAUGGAAUUAAAUAAUUACCGGCAAAUUGCUGACACUUCUAACGUAUAUUUGUGUUCUCACAGUGGGCAGCGGUUUUGAGUCAAGUGGCACUUGAACAGGAACGUAUUUUAAACCCUGUCCUGGAUCGCUUACGGACUGCGGAUAACACUGAGCUACGUUCUCUCACUGGACUCAUACGCAACCUUUCAAGACACGCCAAAAAUAAGGAUGAGAUGUGUACGUGUUUAGCUCGCCCUCCCUUCAGCUGUUUCUGCAGUUUCUUUACAUUCUUUCCCAGCUUUCUAAAUCUUUAGCUGUCUCUUCCCUUCUAUUAAUCAAGCAUGCCUAACACCUAGACUAGUGAUUACAUGUGGGUUUAUUAUGUUUACUCAUACUAUAGGCCCUUCUUCAAUAUUUUUUUUUAAUUUUUUUAUUUUUUUUAUUUAUUUUUUUAGCCACCAAGCUAGUGAGCCACCUCUUGGAGAAGCUCCCAGGUGAGGGUGGUGAUAAGAGCCCUCCUCCAGAAGUUAUAAUUAAUAUAAUUGCUGUUCUGAACAACCUAACUGUAGCUGGGCCGCUGGCAGCAAGGGAUAUCGUGUACUUCAAUGGGCUGAACAAACUAAUGUACAUCAAGAAAAGGCGAGACAGGUAAAGACAGGGCUGCACACUGUAUUGUUGGUAUUUACCUCUUACGGCUGCAAAGAAAUGGUUUAAUGUCACAAAUACCCAGAACUUUGUUAUAUAUUGGAUGACUCAUAGUAGUUGUAGUACAUAAUGCUGGCUAGACCCAUCGCCAUUUUGCUAAAACAGGACAAAAAUUAAAGCCCUUCUUUCUUUAUAAGAACUUCCUGGUUUCAUCAUCCUUAGAGAAAUAAUAAAGGGUGAUUUGGAUACAUUUUGAUAGUAGAAAACGUUUAUAAAUAUUGACACUAUGGUCACCAGAACACCCACAGCUUAUUGCAUUUGUUCUGGUGAGUAUAACCAUUUCCUUCAGGCUUUUUGCAGUAAACGCUGUGUUUUCAGAAAAUAGUUGUGGCGAAAUUAACAUCACCACUUGUACUUGGAGAGGCCUACUUGCCAGCCUCUUGCCCCAGGAUUAUGGGCUCUGCAAAAAGACAUGUGACUUCCAUGAAAAAAAAACAAAACCACUGAACCGAUCUGGGUGAUUUUUGGAUAUGUUGAUCACCCAGAUCAGGGCUAUCAGAGGAUGUGACUAUUGUGGGGUUUCCAUGGAUCUUGGGGGUACUUUUGGGGUGUUUGUAAAUUGUGUAUUUUUCUGUACCUGAAUAUAAUCAAUUAUCUCUCAGACACAGAGGAGGAGUAUGUUGAAUGUAUUGCUUAUCUGUGCCUCUCCCCCUCCCCCUUUUUCCUGUCCUAUUGUUUCCUCAACAGGGCAUUGUCCCAGGGACACUGCGAGAUCAGUUUAAACUGGCUGUUCUGUCCCUUCUCAAUCUCCCAUCAGCGCUUGCUAUUGUCUGACCCCACCCUUCCUUGUACUAUAGUAAUCUAUGUAACCUAUUGUAUGUAAAUUAGGCUGUUGGGGGUUUAAAUGUUUGUAUAAAUUGUAAGUGUUGGCUUGCAUUAAACAGAACUACUUGACCCUUUCUUGAAGCCUUGGCUCAUGCUUGGGGGAUGGGAUAACUACACUCUUGGGGAUUGCUAUAUCACAAUACUCCUCUGAGUAUAAGCUCCUGUAAGAGCUUGUUCCUGGAUUUAGGAGAGGUUCACCCACUGGAAGCUGGAUCCAGGGUGGGUGAAAGACGGCGAGACCCCGGCGCAGCUGCAUAGCUGGAAGUGGGGUCUGCAGUGCGGAUGUUGUCGGUUGGAGUGCUUGGAGUCCUCGGCAAGCACUAGGAGCAUCGAUUGGCGGAGGUACUCGGUUGGAGUGUCAGCGGUCCAUCACAUUUGGUGGCAAGCGGUGGGAUGGCAUCCUAGUGCGAGGACCAGCAGCUCGGAGACACCGGUAACGUGUGGAGUUACGGAUUUAUAAUUGAGGGCAACGCUAGCACUUGUGCAGUGCCCCUGUCUAUAGAGGAACUCGAGAAAACGGAGCGACCUAGCGACCGUGCAGCACCCUCAUGUGAAGAGGAGUUUCUCUGGAGAUUGCAGCAACACUUGGCCCAACAGGAUGGGCCUGUAUCAGAAGAGGGCAUACUGGACUGGAGAGAUGCCACUCGAAAGGAGCUGUGGUAUGAGGCCUUAGAGGAGGUACAGCGGGGCGGAGAGAGAGCCUUCCCAGUGAAGAACAACGGUUCCAGGUACUCGUGGCCCUGCGGAGACCUUUCCUAGGGGAGCAACCCUUGGAUGAAUGGGUGAUGGAACUCUGGGAUUUAAUUUGGAAGGAGUUGUGGCUGGAUGCAGCUUACCGGGCAUUAAAAUGGUACGCCACUCAGCCCUGGAUGACUAACCACUAUCUGCCGGAGGGAGAGGAUUAUAAUGGCCCGGGCUUACUGUGGGAGGCCUUUGAGGAGGGCCAUGACUUUGGAUGCCCAGCCAGCAGACCCACACGACGUUGGAAAUAAGUGUUUUGCUAUAUUUUUAGUUUCUGUUUAGCUACUUUGGUCUUAAAUUUAAAAUUCGCACUUUAGUAAACAAGCUUGGGAGAGUUGGCAGUAUGUUACUUUGUAUAUGUUUUUGAAUGUGAACGUGAUAAGUGCUGUAUCAGUUGAGGAUUUCUAAGUGGGACUGAUAUUUCAGAGGUUACAACUGGAGGAAAAUGAGAAUUAAAGAUUUGUAACAGAUUAGGAAUGAAAAUAAUUAUAUUCUUUUUGUUUUAUCUUCAGCCCAGAAAAUGAGAAGGCCUCUCGUGCGGCCUCCAGCCUCCUCACCAACAUGUGGCAAUAUAGUAAACUGCACCGCGACUUCAAGGCAGUACGUGAAAUAUUUACACCUUAUUCUCCAUGUAUCUUAACACCACAAACACUAUAAUCUCCCCUGUCUGUCGUUCCAUCUGAUUUUACUAGAAAACAUGUACAUUUAUAGUAUUGGGCCCCUACGGGAUGCAUCCAUUUUGUGUAUUAUCCUAAUUAGCGGGUCAUUCAAGUAACAUCAGAACUAGCGCAAACAAAAAUAUCCAAUGCACCAAAAACAAGCGUUUUGCAUGAAACUACAUUUUACACAAAGAAAGGGUUUCUCAAAUGAAAUGUUUGUAUUUUGGUGUCCUUAAUUAAAUGUGGAGCACUGGAUAUUCUUGUUUGUGCUGGUUCUGUUCUUGUGGUCCUAGAACCAUCUUCACAGAAUGUUUUUGGAACCUUUUUUGAAUGUAUUUAUUGUAUUUUUAAAGCGAUACUGCAGUAUAAGUUUUCUCAGGUUUUGGGCAUUGUUAUGUAAUUAACAGCUCAGUAUGAAUGCCCUAAUUCUAUUCUCAUUCCUUAUAAAGCAUUAACGUAUCCUGUGGCAAUGUACAAUAGCUGGAUUAACAAACAAAGACAAGUCAGACUUACAGGAAAAGGAGAUUGUGAAGGCCCGGCUUCAAAGAGUUUCCAGUUCUCCUGCUAACUACUUAACUUGAUUCUUUUUGCUUUACAGAAAGGAUACCGAAAAGAGGAUUUUCUCAGCUCGUGAAGUGGACUGCAUGUGUAGACGAUAUGACCAGCUGGUUGGAGAUAACCAAUUAUUCUUCAGUGCUCAUACAUUUUAAUUCUGCAACAUCUUUCUUUCUUUAAGACCAGUUGGGUUCCUCUGUUCAGACUCCAGUAGGCGCCAAUCACAUCGACAAGUUUCAGAUGAAUGUAAAUAGAUAACUAACUGCAUGUGUGUGUCAUUGUAUUUUGUAAAAUGACACAUUAAAGUGAUCGGGAUCUAUACAAUACUUACACAUGCAUGUACAUUUAAAUACUUGGAUUUUGAUCAUUUGGAUUGUCAUUUGCCAGUUUAAAGGGGGGGGAGGGGAAUAAUAAAUUGUGGCGAUGCUUACAUUGCACAUUCAUUCUCUUAGCCUCUCAGAAUUGGCAAAUACUUUGCUAGACCUACAUUUAAAUUAUUUGGUAUAUUAUACCUGGUAGCCAGAUUCGUAUAAGAAAGGCGGUUUUUUAUUAAAAGGUGUGCUUGGGGGGUGUAGAUUUAAUUUUGUUGCAAUGCAUCUCUUGCUGUUCCUUAGCCUCUUAGUUCACUUUCAAAUGGUAGCACGAAACAGGAUUUUCUGUGGUCUUUGACUGUGCUAAGACUACUCCUUGUUUGUGAGCCAAAAAGUAAAAAAAAAAAAUGAAAAAUAAAAACAAACAAAAAAAUCUCAGGGGACAUGUAUGUUGCUAAGUUUAUUUUCACUUUAUUUAGGGCUUUGUCCCUGUUCAUGCGAUUUAUGUAAAAAUAUAAGGUUGUAGCUUGGUUAAUAAAAAGAAAGAAGUUUAAUUCUGUUA